CAAGUUUAGGCUCUCAAGAAGCAACCUCUGAAGCUCUGAGAUGAGCAGUCUUCUGCGGUAAUGCAGAGGGUCUCAAGGAUGUCACUGUGAAGGCUUCUCACCAACUUUCAGGACGGUUUGCUAAACCUUAACAUAAGAAUAAAGCUAAGACUAGUAUGUUGCAACAGCACUGACAAUUAAAGUAAAAUAUAAAGGUUUGAGAAACGUGCAAGGCACAGGAAGAACCAGUCACUGCGAUUCACUGCUGACCAUGGCUCCAUCACGUGUAAAGGUAAGAGGGGGAUAAAGCUAUAUACCUGGUGCCUAUUCUUGAAUUUCUUGUAUUGAUUUCAGAAUUUAGUUUAAUUAAAACCAUAUUUGUUUGUUUGUUUUUAUAUAGGAUUUCUAUAGUACUCUCUACAGUAUAAAAUAAUAGAAUUUUUCUCAUGGAGAUUCAUUGUUUUUAAUUAAUAAUUUUAUCAAAAUAUAUUCUGUCCGGAACCUCUAAUAAGCAUCAAUUUCCCCUCUCGCAUGCUUCUCCAUUGUGUAUUUUUUAUAUUACAUGUUUAUUUUUUUAUUUUUUUUUAUAUUUAAUCUAAGUUUGUUCCACAGCAACUAGAAUGUCAGAAUUUGUUCCCUGCCUUUCUAGCUGCUAUGAAAUGUCCAGAGACAAACACAUACUCACUUAUACACAUAAUUGCUUCCUUCCAUUGAUGUGGAAAACAUAAAAAAAAAGGGAGGCCGGUCUCCCCCACAUAAUUUUGUGAUGGUGAAGUCUGACUGGACAUGUACCCUUAGUAAUAAUAAUCUAUGGUGCAUUAGUUUAGGUAUUUCGUCAAACGGUGAGUUGAAAGUUCGAUAUUUAGACCCUUUUUUAUGUUGGAUGACCCUGGAUUUUUAAAAAAAUUUAUUUGAUGUAUUUUUAUUUUUUUACUAAAUAAUGGUUUUGCAGUAAGUUAAAGUGAAUUUUUAAAAUAAUCUUAUCACCUAUGCAAUAUGAAAGGUCAUCGUCUGUCAGUAUCUUGUACUGUAUCUGUAUCUUGCAAGUUUUGUUUUCUUACACAAUAUAUGUUAAUGUAGUGUCUCUGCUUAACGAAUAAAUCCAACAAUGCAACAUGUUGGGAGUUUUCUAUGCUGUUCUAAAUAUUGGAAAUUAAAUCUAAAAUAAAGAACGGUUUCAGAUAUGCUGGGUUUAGAGACAUGGUGUAUCUCCUUUUUUCUAGCCCCCUCUCUUAGUAUAAGAGUAUUUGGGAAGGGGAACAGAAUAGGAGAUGGCAGUCACAAAGUCUGGAUGUUGUCUGGGAGCAUACUGUAAAUCCCAUUAAUCUCAGGCACUACAGUAUACGGUGUCAUGUUGCAUUUUGCCGUACCAUUAUAUGGAUAGAAAGACAGAUAAAAAUCAUCCCAUACCAGACAUAAUUGUAAAUCAAAGCAAAAUCUCAAAUGUGAUACCACUUUUAAUAUGCCUAUGCUAUUAAAAAACAUCAAAAUAUUUAUAUCUAAUGGUUUUGUAAAACCAUCUCCAAAUCUAAGGGGUGUAGAUCUAUCUAUGCCAGGGAUGGGUAAUCUGUGGCCAUCCAGAUGUUUUGGAUCACAUCUCCCUUGAUGCUUUGCAAGCAUUAUGGCCCUAAGAGAAUUAUGGGAGAUGACGUCCAAAACAUCUGGAGGGCCGCAGAUUGCCCACCCCUGAUCUAUGUAAUAGGCAAGCUCCCAAAAAAUUAGAAUGCCCUCUGCAUUCAGAAAGAAAAAGUAAACUUCUCUCUUAUAAACAGUAAAUUAUGCUAUGCUGACUAUGGUUCACAAUGCUUUUUUUCCCCAGGAGUCUGAUAAGACCAAGUGGGUAUUCUGUAACAUUUCAUCUAUCAAUUCUAAAUGGUUAUUAGCCCACGGUCUCCAUAUAACAAUCUCAAAAUGUGUUCCAUUUCAUGGUUAGCUAUCUGUAAGGAGUUUAGUACUCAGUACAGUUCAACCUGCAACCGUAACAGAUUCCUGACACCUUUAAUAUUCCUUCCCAAAUUUAAUUUUUUUACUUAAUUAAUAAAAUAAUAAAAAAAUGUGUGUGUAUAUAUAUAUAUAUAUAUAUAUAUAUAUUACCAUUGUCUUUGAUUUUGUUUGCAAUGAUCUCUGUUUUAGUAGACUUUCUUUAUCUAUCUAUUAAUUCUAUGAGUGAUGGAUAUAUAUGUAGAAGGUGUAGUUUAUAGGUUAUUAGGGCAGGCUAUUCAAUUUCUGUUGUCACUGUGAAGAUGAUUUUCUGCUUGCUCUUCUCACAUAAAUUACAUUUCACGUCUUUUUAAAUCUUUUGAUUAAAGAUCCUUUAUUUCUUUGUAUUUGAUCUUCAUAAAGUUAUAAAUGGAUUAUCUAAUGUUCUUGGAAUAUGUUCAGUUUGCACACAACAAAAUAUAAGAUCAGUUUAAUGCAAGCUGAGAGAAGAGGUGUAGCAGCAAUAUUCCUGAGAAUUUCUUACACCUAUCUGUCUGAAUCGCAAGUUAGAGCGAACAAAUAACCAACUUACUAGGUCUUGCCUUACUGAAUAGUGCUUUUAUGUUGCUGCUAUUUGCACGAUUCAUAGAAGAGAUACCAACCUCUAGGGUGGAAUGUUUAGUCUCUGGAAAGCACACAUUUCAUGUCUUUGACUUCCCAAUGCCCUUUGAGUUUCUUGCCUCAAGCUGAGGAAAUAUUGAAGCAAAGUACAAUCAUGACCUAUAAAAUCUUUAAGCUGCCUCAGUGCUACAGCAUUGCUUAAUUGCAGGUUUAUGGGAGAUUCUACACUUCUAAGAUUCUAUGACUAUAACAUGGAACAAAUAUCUAGUGCUGCACAUAGGGCCUAAUGUGCAAUUUUCUAACAUGUGUCCAGCUUAAUUAGGCCAUUCAUUCUAUCUACUACCUUAGCACACACUUCCUCCAGGUUGGGCCGUGGUGUACGUCUGCCAAACCAUGUAGACAGUGGACACAGGGCUUCGGGAUACACUGCUAAGAAGCGAGAGUGGAGGUCCAGGAGCCUUGUCAGGAACAAUUAUAUCAAAGGAACACUGCAAAGCACCAUUACCACUUAAACCCACUGUAGUGGUUAUGGUUCCAGCCAGGAGUGUCAUAUCCAUUGUAUGUAGUCAAACCAUUUCAGUACAUUUUGAUGUCUUAUUUGGGUUCCCCUGUCCUUAUUUUUUUGUUUACGUUUUUAGCUAUUCAGGGCCAUGCUGGGCCAUACUGGACCAGAGUCAUUGGCUGAAGGCGUAGCUCAGUACUGUAAGCACUGAGUCCUACACAGCUCUGCUCUAUAUUACAAAGUGCAUGGAAUAAGAUGAAGGGUAGGGGGUUCUCAUAAUCUCUGGUAUGUGUUUUUAAAAUCCUGUAGCAUUUCCACCAUAUAUCCUAAUCCAUACGCUGUGGUUAUAUUGCACUUAGAAACAUAGAAUGUGACGGCAGAUAAGAACCAUUCGGCCCAUCUAGUCUGCCCAAUUUUCUAAAUACUUUCAUUAGUCCCUGGCCUUAUCUUAUAGUUAGGAUAGCCUUAUGCCUAUCCCACGCAUGCUUAAACUCCUUUACUGUGUUAACCUCUACCACUUCAGCUGGAAGGCUAUUCCAUGCAUCCACUACCCUCUCAGUAAAGUAAUACUUCCUGAUAUUAUUUUUAGACCUUUGUCCCUCUAAUUUAAGACUAUGUCCUCUUGUUGUGGUAGUUUUUCUUCUUUUAAAUAUAGUCUCCUCCUUUACUGUGUUGAUUCCCUUUAUAUAUUUAAAAGUUUCUAUCAUAUCCCCCCUGUCUCGUCUUUCUUUCAAGCUAUACAUGUUAAGAUCCUUUAACCUUUCCUGGUAAGUUUUAUCCCGCAAUCCAUGAACCAGUUUAGUAGCCUGUUCUGUACAAUGGCAUGAUCACUUCCCUCUUUCUACUGCUAAUACCUCUCCCUAUACAACCAAGCAUUCUGCUGGCAUUUCCUGCUGCUCUAUUACAUUGUCUGCCUACCUUUAAGUCAUCAGAAAUAAUCACCCCUAAAUCCCUUUCCUCAUAUGUUGAGGUUAGGACUCUAUCAAAUAUUCUGUACUCUGCCCUUGGGUUUUUACGUCCAAGAUGCAUUAUCUUGCACUUAUCCACAUUAAAUGUCAGUUGCCACAAUUCUGACCAUUUUUCUAGUUUACCUAAAUCAUUUGCCAUUUGGCACUCUACUUCCCCACCUUCCAAUUAUUAAAGUAACACUACAGGGUUAGGAAUACAAAUAUGUCAACAGCUCCCCACCUCAAGUGUUUGUGAAUGAGAGGUUUUACAUUUCACUGUAAAAAUAAAAUAAAAAAUAAUAAUAAUUCAACUUUGUUGACCCUAAAGUGACACUAUAAAACAAAAGAACCACUACAUCUUGGUGUAUUGGUUAUGUUUCCUAGUGUCUGUAGAUGUUGUUUUCCAGUUGUAUGUUACAUUAUUUCCAAGCAGUUUGAAUUUGUCAAUUUAUAGCCAAACUGGGUUGCAGUGUUGAGGACAGGUCAGGCUUAGAUUGAAUUAAUGUUACAUUUGAAACACCCAAUAAAUAGAAUUUUAAACUAUUGUUUCUCAUGUGUGCCCCCGAGCCAGAUCAAAAGCACCCACCACCCUCUACAUCUGUAGAUUUCAAUUCAUGUGCAACAGCUGAGUUAUAUUUAUGCAGUUCUAUCACUAGGGGGAGCUCCCGCAUCUUUUAUAAUUGUCAUUCAUGUAUUCUCUUUUUCUAAAAUGUACAUCUCUGCAGCAGUACAUCAAAAUCCCAGGUAUGAACAUAAACAGUUUAUCAAAAUCUCCAUAAGACAUGCAGUAUGUUUAUAAAUAAAUACAUAUACAUUUAUAUAUAAGAAAAAAUGGAUGCCACUUCUGUAAAAUAGAUGCAGGCAGGCAAGUCGCAGGGGGUGGGGAUACAUCCCUGAGUUUGGGGUCCUGCAGCACCAAUUUAUUUUUUUUUGCUGACAGGCUGCACUGCUCUUCAUUGGGUCAGCAGGGCCAGCGCUCCCUAUAGGCAAACUAGGGCGCUGCUUAAGGGAGAGCUGUGCUCUCUGCUCCUCGCGGGCUUUCUACCAAUGCCGAGCCGGAAUAGAUCAUAUUCCGGUUCCUGGCAUCAGCAAACGUGCGCGAGGAGCAGAGAACACAACUCCCUUGCCGCGUCUGACAGGAACUCUGUCGCCGAGGGUAGGGGGCCAAUGGGCCACCUCUUGGGCCCUCCUAUGACAGGGGGAACAGGGAGGGGGCGGUAUCUAGGUGGCCUACGGUCGCAGGGUUCGUGGCUGCAUGACGACCAUGGUAGGUGGCGGUUGUGCAUGGGUGCUUUAAUUCCUUGCUCCUGCAACAUCGCCUGUACAUGGGGAGAAGUGGGUGGGAGCAUAACAGGAUCAGGAAAUAUGCUGAGAAAGGACGUUAUGGGCAGCCAGGUGCAGGCAACAAACAGCAAUGAAGGUAAGGUAUGUCAGAGAAUUUGUGUUAGUCUGCUUGAGUCAGUAUGUUUAUGUAUGUCAGUAUGUAUCCGUCAGUGUGUGUAUGUCAUGUGUGUAAUGUCUGUCUGUAUGGGUCAGUGAGUGUCUGUAUGGGCAGGUGUGUGUCUGUAUGGGUCAAUGUGUCUGUCUGUAUGGGUCAGUUUGUGUCUGUAUGGUUCAGUGUGUCUGUCUGUCUGGAUAAGUGUCUGGAUAAGUGUCUGUGUGUGCAUGGGCCACAGUGUGUGCCUGCAUGGGUCAGUGUGUCCAGGGCCGGCACUUCCUAUAAGGUGAACAAGGCAGCCACCUAGGGCGCCAUGUAGGAGGGGACGCCCUCCGCCCCCAUCACUGGCCCUUUUAAUGCUGCAGCCGCCUGAGCGCUCUGUAAAGAGUCUCAGGCGGCUGCAGCACUGACUCUCUUCUCACCUCCCCUUACCUGUAGAGUGGCCGAGCUCCUCUUUUGUCCACGGUACAGGAACAUCCGUUUCCUGUACCCAGCCAGACUGAUAGGAAGUGCACACUCAGUGUGCACUUCCUGUCAUUCCAGCCGGGUACACGAAACAAAAGGUCCAGUACUGCGGACCGAAGAGGAACUCGGCCACGCUACAGGGUAGGGGAGGUGAGAAGAACAUUGGGAGGGGGAGGGGAGUAAGAAGGACACAGGGAAGGGGGUAGGGGAGUAAGAAGGACACAGGGAGGGGGGGAGUUGUUAUGCUACUUGGGUGAUUUGGAUUGGAACCGUUGAAAGAGUGAACAAGGUGAAUUAUAAGGUAAGACUGUCUGGAAGAUGAAAAGAGGUACAAAUCUAUUACGUGAAUCUACUUAUGCCAUGGAAAAAAAGAGAAAUGCUUGUGACUUUAGUAGCAUCACACCUCCCUACAAAGGAUAACAUUAAUCGCACAGUCAGUAUGUCAAAAUCUCUGACCAUCCAUCAGAAGAGGAAGAUAAAAAACUUAAUUAGUGUAAAUAAAGAUGUUUUCUCCACAGUUACAAGGAGACCUGCUUAAAAAACGCAUAAUAUUGUCACUGAGCCUCGGUAAAGAGUACAUUUUAAGCCAUAUACAAAACCUGAAGCUCGUAGAGAAGCAAUCAAAGCAGAAAUGAAGAAAAUGUUGGACCUUGGGCUAAUCAAAAAUUCCAAACUGGCUGGAAUAGCCUAAUUGUGCUUGUAACAAGAUCUGAUGGCACAAUCAGGUUUUGCAACGAUUAUCCAAAGCUGAAGGCAAUAUCCAUGUUUGAUGCAUAAUCUGAUGGCAAAAGUUGAGAAACUUGUAAAAAAAACUUAGGAAAACUCUGUACCCCAUCACAUUGCAUCUGACCAAAGGAAGUAUUGGCAAAUACUGAUCACAGUGUGGGAAAAGAAAACACUACUUUUUUUUAAAAGUAUUUUCCAAUACAAAGUUUUACCUUUUGUUUCAAAGAAUGAUGAACUGAAUCCUAAAAUGAUGAGGUUGUACACAGUGAAGAGUGGGAGUCUUACUUACCAAAAGUGCACAGCGUUCUUAAUUCCAUAUGAAUGGCGUUAGAGGAGGCUAAGUAUCUUUGUUAUUCCACUGGGAGUGGGUUAUUCAAGUCAAAAAGUAGAAUCCAUACUGAAUUGUCUCAACCAUUGACUAACAAUCAAGUCAGAAGACGUCCUGGUCUUUCUGGCUAUUGUAGGAGAUUUUUCUUCAACUUUCCUACUAUAGCAGGUCCAUUAAAUGACCUCACAAAAGCAAAAUCUCCUGUGAUGAACCAUUCCAACGUUUAAAGAAACUAUAUGUAUUCAACCUGUCCUGGUGACAUGUGAUUUUUCAAAGGAAUUCAUCCAACAAACUUGACUGGAAAGUUGAGAUUCAGAGCUCCCAAUACUGUACCUCAGCAGGAGGUUAGUUAUUAACUAAUUAAGUUAUUUAAGGAACAUUACAAUGGUAGGAAUGAAAUUUCUAAUGCUAUAGCUGUUUGCAUGUUUGUUUUAGGUAAUACUUCCUUUUGCAACCCAAGCAUUUCUUAACAGAGCACAGGGAAGGCAGUAAAGAAGGAAAUUCUGAUGGCCUUUCCAGUAGCUAUACUCUUGUGACCAUAUUAGUUGCUUACCUCGCUAGGUCUGAGCUGAGGGGGAGGAGGUUUGACAGAGCAAAGGACGUUGUUGUGGCGGGUGUCUAUUUCUCCAAUGGUGCAGCAGUGCAACAUAAUAGCCAAGAGGAGAAUGUUUUUGUUCAUGCAUCACAAAGGAAAUUUGUGAAUUAAUAUGGGUUCCUGGGUUGGAGCACUUGGAGAGAAGGAAGAGCUAGUGCUCCAUUCCACAGUUUACACACAGCCCAGCAGGUAAAGAAUACAGGCCAGGUAAUUUAUGUGGUUUCUCACCUGUGAACAAUGGGCAACAGAAGGCUGCUAAUACAUUUUCCUGUUAGGGAUUCAGUGAGAGAGGCUGCAUUACUCUCCAGAUACUAUUAUUAAUACUUGCUUUUAUAAAGCACCAGCAUAUUCUGCAGUUCUGUGCAAUUGUAGAAAGGAAAAUGUACACAAAGCUAUACAAUAGGCAUACAAAGACAUAUACACAGAGCUAUACAAAAGGUAACAAGGGCCCAGCCUGUGAGCUGAGAUCAAGCCAUUGUAGCUGUUUUAUAAAAAGUGCUUGUAUAAAGCCCAUGAACUUACAAUAUAAGAGUUAACAUGGAGACGAGAGGUAAGGAGGUGAUUGUAAUGUUAACAUAAAAAGGGAGUGAGGAGGUAACUGAGUGAGAUCUCCAGUAUCCGGUGAAACAUGCUAUAAGAAAACGGAACACAGGUGUAGUGGGGCAGGGGGAAGUGAUGAGCAAAAUUACAUUUUCUCUUAUUUCCGAGUCAAAUUCCAUAUGUGCCAACAGUAGGCUCAUCAUACAAUAUUUGAAGUUGGCCUGCGCAGAAAUGUCCAGUGCAGCUCCAUCCCAAAUACCACCACACAAGUGUAUAAAGGAGUGUUUUCUCCUGGUCCUUCAUGUUUUGGUUCUACCUUGGCCACAACAACAAGUAAAGUUCUGUAUUAGAGUUUUCUAUAGCAUAUCAAUAUUUAUUUUUGAUGACAAAAAAUAAAAACCAAAACACAAGAUAUAAAACUUUAUGUCCAUCAGUGGGGAUUGUACCGCUGCAAGCAAUUUUACUUAGAGCUAGUUUAAUCUCUACGAAAUGUGAGUGCAAUUCCAGUUAUUAUUAUUGGGUUUUAUCUUUCCGUGUAAACAGUCUGCACUAUUAUCAUUUUGUAUCUUUUUACAUAUGAUGAGAAGCACCUUAAUCAAGAACAGAUACCAAUCAAGAAUUUAGCAGCUCGGAUUGUGACCAUUAGACUGUGAAUUUUGGACUUUUCACGUUUAUUUAUUGUUUAUUCCAUAUAUAUAUUUCUUUACUCAGUUUAUAUUUAUCCAUCCAUUGGUACAACCUGUUUUGUGUGUUUUAUGUUGUUCAUUUUUUAGGGUUUAAGGGUAUCCCCUAUAUUCAGAGUUUGCUGCCUAUAUUUUGUCAGUUGUUCUUCUAGCGAUUAUCCCUACCUUUGUUUUUUGUAUAUAUUUUUACUUGAUUGAAGAAUGGAACAAGAUCAGUAAGCAAUUAUGAAACCAUUCACAUUCAAUGAACAGGGUGGUUUUGAGCUUUAGAAAGGAGGGGAGUGUGGAAUUGUAUUUGAGUAGGGAAAUUCCAUGAUCAGUUUGGUUGUCAGUAUGGGAAACUUCUGUGGAAUUGAAAGACCCGAGCCCGUAGUAUCUAAAUGAGAGGCCAUAUCCACCACAUGUGCAUGAGUGCCUGAAUUAUUGCAUCCCAGAAAAUGUGAGGAACAUAUAUCUUAUUUAUUUAAGGUCAAGACACCACUUGGUAAGGACACUGUGCAAGAAAUACACAGUAAAUUUGUAUACAUUUCUGCCAGUCUUCUGCUGAUUAAGAGUUCUUUGUCCCACUUUGAGAUGUACGAGGUUACAUGGGGUUGAUGCUUGGGUAACAAGAAAGGUUGUUUAUAUUAGCUUUGCUUAUCCAGAUCAUGGGGUAAAAUCGUACAUUUAUGGGAACUCAUCAGGUCCACAACUCAUUCUUAAAUGUUAAGUAACUCUGGAACCAAGCUUCAGAAACAAAAAUUUAAAUUUGGGAUAUAUUACACCCAAGCUGGCUCUGAGUGGACUUAUAUAUCUGUGUUCCAUUUUCCAGUGCCUUGUACUAACUCACAAUGUCUCUGUGGAACUUGUUUUAGUGGUAAGAUUUCAUGUUCAAUGGUAAUUUGCAACUAUUACUUUCCUUGGUUUUACACCUGCACCUGUUGUGCAAACUUCAUAUGUCUUACUCUGGUCCCAGUGAGUUGGGCGCCAAACCUACCUGCAGCCCUGCCUCCAUCUGUUGCUUGGCAGGACCAACCAGUGGUGUCAUCAUGACCAUGAAGGGUCCCAGGGUGCCUGCACCCUAUACCUCACAAUAAACAUAAAUAAGUCACCCAACCAUCUGGGGACUGGUGUCAUUGUUGGUAGUUCUGUGCUUGGUAUAUAGCCUUACUUUUAUCCUGACAAUGUUGUCCUCUGGUUUUCUGACUAUUGCAUGUGUGCAGGAAUCUGAUUUUGCCUGGUAAUAAUCUACUAUAUAAUAAAUUUCCUGCACACUUUCACUUUUCAAAACUCGAACUUCUACGAUAAAUGCAGCAGAGCUCAGUGUGAGAACUGCACACGUGGGAUUCCCAGGACCUCAAGGGAUCUAAAGAAGCAGCAAGACUGCCACUGCUUCUUCUCAGAUGGAGCUGUGAUACCACCAGACCGGCUAUCUAUAGUGACUUCUUACUUGGAUUAUGAGUGUGCAUAGGUGUGUGUUUGUGUGUGUGUUUAUAUAUAUAUAUAUCUAUAUAAGAAAAAAAUAGAAAAUGCUCUUGCACUCACGCUUUAGAAUCCCUUAGUACCAGGGUGCUAGCAUACCAAGGCUAGUAGUAUCUAUUCCUACAAAAAGAUAGCAGCACUCUCGGAUUUAAAAGUCCAAAAUUUAUUAACGUUUCAGUCCUGCAUAGAGGACUUUCAUCAGGAUCAAAUGAUGAAAGUCCUCCAUGCAGGACUGAAACGUUGAUCGUUUUUAAACCUUGAAUUAAUACAUUUUGGACUUUUAAAUCCGAGAGUGCUGCUACCUUUUUGGAAGAAUAUAUAUAUAUAUAUAUUUGCUACUUUCUACCUUCCUUCUGUUGUGUUUUGUCUUUUUAUUAAUAAUAACCUGUUUUUUAUCAACAUGAUCUUUUCACUUCUAAAAGACCCACAGAUAUCCCACGUACAAAGGCUAUCACCUGAACUUCUGAAACACACAGUGACACACACCUAUAAUAGACAAACUUGCAAUCAAGGUUUAGACUACUGAGACUACUGAGAGACCACCAGAAGACCACUAGUUGGAAGCCCAACCAUAAUGUCUUUCAAAUAAUGCAGAAUUAUUAUAAUGCGUGUGUGUGUGGGGGAAUAUAUCAUCUCUUUUAAGAAGAAAAAUCUUAUUUUUAAAAAUAAUUUUUCUAUACUUUUUUGCAGAUCAUUAUUAAAAAACACACAAAUAUUACUGCUUUUUCAGUUUUUAAUUUUCUCUAGAUGAGAAAGUGCAGUACAGUAUUGCAGUUCUUGUAAAUUUAGCAUUGCUUACUUUAUGAACAAUUUUAAGAAAAGUGAUAUAUUUCACUUUCUAGAAGGUAAGCUGCAUGUACAGAUAGUUAAAGGACCACUAUAGUGCCAGGAAAACAUACUCGUUUUCCUGGCACUAUAGUGCCCUGAGGGUGCCCCCACCCUCAGGGACCCCCUCCCGCCCGGCUCUGGAAAGGGGAAAGGGUUAAAAACUUACCUUUUUCCAGCGCUGGGCGGGGAGCUCUCUGCCUCCUCUCCUCCUCCGUUCCUUCUCCUGGGCUGAAUGCGCACGCGCGGCAAGAGCUGCGCGCGCAUUCAGCCCGUCGCAUAGGAAAGCAUUUACAAUGCUUUCCUAUGGACGCUUGCGUGCUCUCACUGUGAAAAUCACAGUGAGAAGCACGCAAGCGCCUCUAGUGGCUGUCAAUGAGACAGCCACUAGAGGAUUAGGGGGAAGGCUUAACCCAUUCAUAAAAAAAUGGGUUAACCCUAGAAGGACCUGGCACCCAGACCACUUCAUUUAGCUGAAGUGGUCUGGGUGCCUAGAGUGGUCCUUUAAUACUUUGUCAUUUAUUGAAUGAAACCCAUUUGAAACAUAAUUCUAUUUGACACAUAAAUGUUUUUGCAGUCGUUUGAACCCUUAUGUAUGUGCAGCUUGUUUGGUAACAAAAUAUCAUACAGCACGUUAAAUACAACUUCAUGGUGCCAAAUCAUUGUCUCAAAAAUUUUAAAAUGAUCAAAAACAAGGUAUAAAGCAAAAAUGUCCAUAUCUGUACUACAGCUGAUUUUCUAGAGUUUCUUAAUAUAGAAAACAAUCUGAAGUAUGUUGAUCAUACAUAAUAAGACGAAGCAUGGGAAAUUCAAUAUACACUCCUGUCUGUGACAGUCUCAGACAACAAAAAUGUAAUUAUACUUUCUUAACAGCAUAAAUAUAAAAAAGAAACCUGACAGUUGUUUUUUUUAAUACAUUUUUUUUAUUAAAAUGCUCUUUUAGUAUUUCACUUUGUUCUGCCAACCAAAGAUAUUUUGUUUUAUAAAAUAUAUGUACAUUUCAUUUCUAUCAAAACUGCAACAUCCUCACAUUGUUAAUGUCAGUAUUUAUGUAUGUAUGACCAUACCCAUUGUAAGAUAAUGUGGGUUGGUACACAUUAAAUGUUUCAACUUACUUGUACACAGGGGAUGCUAGAGUCCACAGGAACAAAUAAAGAAUGAAAUUAUAAUAAUGAAAAAAAAAAACAAAAAACCUCUAAAAUCAAAGUAUUUAUCUGGUUUAAGAAAAUGCAAAACAAAUGUAGUUUAAUGCCAAAUCUCACGUUCUAGAGGGUAUUACAACACGAAAGAACUUACCUUAUGCACUUCAAGUGAUAUGCAAAGCAAAAUAAAAAUAAUCAGUUAUAUUGCUCUUCUGAAUUCUAAGCAUACUUAAUUUUAUGAGCUAUGGCAUUUUCCUGGCAACUAGUAAAUUAAUUUAAGUCUUAUACCUACUAUAUGUAAGUGUACAAAUAAUGUAAGUAUGUUUUUCAGAACCAGCAACACAUCUAUCAUGAUGACCCUUACAGAGCACAUUUUACAAGUGUUAGCAUUACCACUGACCAAGCUAAAAUAAGAAAGAAGUCAACUGAUACAUAAUUUGGUGACCACUCUCACAUUCAUAUUAUGUAUGUGUAUCCUAUACUACCAAGGAUCAAUGUAAAGUGUAUGAAAGUGUCAGUAGAAGCACUUAGAUAUUAUUUAGCUAUUUAACCAGUUCAAUUCCGGUUCUGUGUGCACAUAGGGUUUGCUUCUGUUUGCUUUGCAUCUGCAAUGUCAGAUGAAUGUUCAAAAAAUCUUUACUUACCUAUCCAUCUGUUCAGCUACUGGAUUUCGCUCAUCAGAUAAUCUCAUUUCUCUACGUGGGUUCCAUUUAGUUCCCCUGUCUCACAUAGCUACACUGGACCUGGAAUAGUAUCACAUUCACUACACAUGAGUCCACAAGGCUCAAUGUGUAAAGUGCUGCUUAACAGCAGAUGAUGAAGUGAGAGUGUUGGGUACAUACAGGGCCGGUGCAAGCAUUUUUGGCGCCUUAGGUGAAAACAAAUUUUCCGCCCCAUUUGCUUCACCCAAUCAUGCAGACUAACACACACGCUGACUCAAGUAGACACACACUGACCAUGCAAACUGACACACACACUAACCCAUGUAGCCUGAUGCACACCGACUCAUAUACACACACUGAUUCAUGCAGACACACACAUACAGACACACUGAUCCAUGCAGGCAUACACACAUACAAACAGACACACUGACCCAUGCAGACACACACAUAUAGACACACUGACCCAUACAAACUGACACACACACACACACACACACUGACCCAUGCAAACUGACACACAUGCACUAACUCAUGUAGACUGACACACACUGACCCAUACGCACACACUGAUCCAUGCAGACACACACAUACAUAAACACUGACCAAUGCAGACACACACACACACAGACACACACAUAUAGACACACUGACCCAUGCAGGCUCACACAUUGACCCAUGCAGACACACAGUGGCCAUUGAAGACACAGACACUGACCCAUACAGGCACACAAUGACCCAUACAGACACAAACUGACCCAUAGACAUACACACUGACCCAUACAGACACACUCACAUAUACAGACAGACACAGUGACCCAUACAGACAAACACUGACCCAUACAGACAGACAUUACACACAUGACAUACACAAACACUGACCCAUACAGACUGAGAUACAUAAACAUAGUUUGCCUAUGGGGAGCGCCGGCCAUGGGUACAUAUCAGGUAAUGCUCUACUUUAAAAUACUGGUACCUGGUUUUAGCCAGGCUUCUAUUUACUAUAUACUAUUUGUUCAAAUGUAACUUAUCUAUUUGGUAUGUUCUAUUCAAUAAACCAUAAAGUAUCUCCUCCAUUAUUCCUUAGGUGGUCUUUCCCAAGAGCUGUGCACCUAUAAUGACUGUACAUAGGCUUAACCUAACUUGUCAGUGGCUAAAUAUGUUUUUGAAUAAAGAACAUAAUGACAUCGAUUUAUAUGUUGCAGAGUUCCCAUUGUGUCCACAAAGCUGGAAUAACAUGCCUGUUUAUAAGCUGGUUGCUUGCUAUGCAGAUCAUCAAUACCUGUGGACAAGAUGAUUUAGAAGAACAAUCAGGUAAAAGAGACAUAGUUCCAUGUAUUUUCCGACAACAAUGCAUGCUUUUUUUUUUUUUUUUUGGCAUCCCUUUUUAAUUUAUGAUUUAUGAAUUUAUUUAAUCAGAUUCAGCUGUAUGUUCAGUUUGCCUCAGUGAAAAAGUUUUAAAUCACAUAAAGUAUUUUACACGUUACUGCACGCACAAUGACCAGUUUAUGGAUUUGAAGUAGUCAUGGUACCUGAAGUUUGUGUGCAGCGUUUUGUGAUGAGUCACUGCACAUACUGAUUUUAUCCCCUCUGCUGCAGAGCUCCGGGCUGGCUAAUAUCGAUUCUGUGCAUAUUUGAUGUCUACCGACAUCACGCACAGCAUAUUGGUGACAGACAUUCAAAGGUGGCCUGGCCCCCCUUUGUGCCGCCCGUAUCCACCCCUUAACCCACCCACCCUUUCAUUCCAUCCCAGCAGCUAGGGGUGUACUCAGCCUCAGUACUAGAACAGAUAUACGUUUUAAAUUUAUUUUUGAAUCCUUCUGCCAGCAGAGACAAGAGAGUUACCAUAGAUAGUAAUAAAAAAACUAUAGAAAUAUCUAAACAUCUUUGAAAGCUCCCUGGGUGUGUUGUGGAUGUAUUUUUUUGUUUUUGUUUUUUAAUACGCCAAUUUUGGCCAACUGACUGGAAUUCUGUCUUUUUUUCACAUUAACAAUUUUAGUGGCUAAACCUAGAGGCUAUUAUACCAUAGCUCCACCUCUCAUGUUGUCCCUAACUUAUAUAGAAUUUUCAUGAACUAAACCCCUAUUUCCAUAAAACACAUUAACUGAACAAUCUCAAGAAUCUUCACUGUUAAGUGUGAAUGUGCUGUUUACCUUGUGACAUAAGAGAAAUCACAAAAUUGUAGCAAAUUAUGAUGAUAUGGUACAGCAAAGUUAUAUAUAUCAAAAUGUGCUCAAACCAGAAAUAUAACAAGAAUUCCAAUAUGAAUGUAUUGGAAACAUUAACAAACUAUGGGAGAGGAUUUAGCAAGGCAAAAUAACAAACAAUUUGGGGUACAAAGGGAAAAAUCUUGUGAAAUAUUAUGAUGUUUUCCAUGGUGGUUGCUGUAUAUGUAGCACUUUGCUACAACAACUUCCACUUCCUCUAUGGAAAGCCAGAAGCCCUUGCAUGGAGUGUCCUUAGCUGUCCUUAGCUAAACCCUGCUGUGGUCGGCAGCUCAUUGAGUGAGAGUGUCAGCUGAUCCCUCUCAGCCAAUGACCGAAGCUCUGUACAGCCACUCUCAGCUAAAUGCCGAGAACUUCCAGCUGUCACAGAGGCGAUGACCGGUACCCACUGGACCAUAGGUAUGAUGUCAAAUCAUUACUAAACAGUUUGACUACUUACACCGGAUGACUACUUACACCCGGCACCAAAACCACUACAGCAUGUUGAAGUGAUUUAUGGUGCUUGUAGUGUUCCUUUAUAUCUGCAUUUAUAUAUUUUUACUUUUGCAAUCACUUUGCCUUUUUAAAAUUUUAUUUAGACCAUUAAUUGUCCUUUUGCAAGAUGGGUUAGCAUCUUUCCUUUGUAGAAAUUAUUGAUAUUAAUAACAAUGAGUCACAAAAAUAUAUUUUAUAUCUUAUUUUCCAAUUUGUUUUAGAAUUUCCUGCCAGACUGGUUGGCUAAGCAACAUUUGUUGAGUCAAUACUUUUAAAUUUGUUUUAAUUGCUAAUUAUAAUUUAAAAUUGUUAGUUUGAUGAUAUUCCAAGUCUUCUAGCUCAUCAAUGUUAAUGAGCUUUAAAGAUACCAUUGACAUGAUAUAGUCAGUCAUCUUAAAACUAUCUUAAAACUAAGCAUAUAACUGUCACCAAUGCAUUUUUGCAAAUUUUACAAAUACUUCAUAUUAUUAUAUUAUUACCAGAUCCCGAUAACUAUCUAUUUUAGUUCAUGUGUAUACUAUUUGAAACUGUGCAACACAUUUCCCUUUGCUGACCUGCUUGUCCAAAUAUUCUAGUAAAUGCCUGGGUGAUCUCUCAUAGUUAAAUACAGAUAUCUGCCAGAUUUCAAUGACAACUUGAUUUGACUUCAUACAUGGAAUUUUUAUUUAAAUAUCAUUCAGGUGAUUAUGGGUACGAGGAGGAGAUAUACUCACAAGAGCGUGAAUAUGGAAGUACCCCCUACAACGGCUAUGGGUCAGAGGAUGACUACUUGAUUACAUCAACAGAUAUUCCUUCCAGCACAGAUGUACCAGUAGGGAAUUAUGAGGAAGAAGUUACAUUUUCUGGGUAUUAUCCUGACACGCAGAUUGAGACAGAGGAAGAGAAUCCAUCUCCUACGGAAUCAUUUUUUGCUGCAAGAGAUGUAACUACAAUAACCACCAGAUUUCCAUAUCAUCGUCAAACUAUUCCAAGAGAAAAUGAGGAUAUUAUUCCUGCCCCAGAACUUUCACGUGAUUAUGAAGGUAUGUCUAUUUUCUUAUCAUUCCUUUUUGAAUAUGGUGCUGUGCCUACUUUAAAAUGAAGAUUUAAUACUUUCGUUAUCAAAUAUGUAAUUGUAUUAGCUCAGUAACCAAUUUUUGUUUUUUCAGUGACCCAUUACUCAACUGCUAUGUUAUAUAUAACAAAAUCUGAAAACAGCCAUCAAAGCACAGCUUGCACCAAAUUUCAAGAGACAAAUUUAAAAAUUUACUCAUUUUGGUAUACACCAAAUUUACCUUCUCCACAUAUGGUGGUCAUGACCUGCUGUAUGCUCCUUUUGGGAAAAGCUCCAAAAUGGCAUCACAAAAAUUCUGGGGGAAACAGUCGUUCCUGCCCAAGAAUCCCUCCUACAUCACAUUAGCCUCCAAUCAUCUAAGACUGAUCUAAAAAAUCACUUCUCAGGUUCCUAAUAAAUGCUUCGAAAUCCAUUAUCCCACUUUGAUGGAAGACCACAAAAAACCCCAUUGAUACAACAUUUUUUAAAUGUCUACUUCAUCUUAAAAUCAAAUGUAUAACCUCUACAACUUUAUACCUUUCUAAUUUAUCCGCAAAGGAUGAAUGAAUAAAUGGAAGAAUUUUUUUUUGAGUUUAUGGACUUUGCUGUUUGAUUUCAUUAAACAACAUAUUAUAUAAAUAUUGAGGGAUUUGCUUUAGUCUUAUAAGAUGUAUAAAAAGUGUUACAAUUAUUUCCCUCAAAAAUAACUAAGUAGUGAAGAAUUAAGCGAAAUGCAAUAACUCUAGCCGUGUGUAUUUGUAAUCAUUGUCAUUGUUCUUUCAUUUUGAUAUUUUUCUCAUUUUCAAAGAGAAAAAUAAUUUUCACAUGAAAUAGUCUUGCCCUAAGCUUCUGUUUUUUUUUUUUUUAAACCAACCAGACUUUGAGCAAAACGUAGAACGCUUCCUUUAUUGUGUCUUGCAGUGACAAACUUGAUCGAAGAAUUUAGUGUUUCCAGUACUUCUGGAGUAAGAAGCGUUACAGGAUCACAGACUCACUUGAAGGCAUUUCAAAUAGGAGGAAGAAUGCAAAUUCGCAAACAAUCAAGGUGUGUGUUAUGUCAGUGAGUUAAAGUAUGUGUAGCAUUGUUUUGGUACACUUAAUUUCAUAUACAUCAUUUUGUCCCUGAUUGUCCUUUAAAGAGACCCUCUAGACAGGAAGGUGAUAAUCUUUUUAACAAGUUUAUGCAUUUAAAAAAUGCAAUAGUAAAUUAUUUAAAAAAAAUAUAUAUUCAUUUUUGAAGUUGCUGCAUUUGAAAUUUAACUCUGGCUUAUCAAGUGCUGCAGUUACAGAAAUUGAUCAACCAGGCUUAUCCCUUAAAUCCGGUUAUACGAAGAACAGAAGUUUCUUGGAGUUUUUGAUUGCUUACUAUUUACUUCUGCACCACCUGAUGACAUGUACAACUGCGUUAUAUGAGAAGAAUGGGAAAUACUGCCAGUUAGAAGUGAGAGCAAAAAAACUGACUUAUGGAGCAAAGCUACUUAUUUUUACAAAACACAAAUAUUUAUUAACAAAAAAAAACAAAGAUAAAACCACACAGCCUUACUAACUGGAAUAUACCACUGUACCUAAUGUGUCACAUUUAAAGGGUUACUCCAAUCACCAUGACCACCUGCAAAGGGAAGAUUUCUUUCCCCUUCCACCCUACUUAAUUGUAGCCUUCCCAUCUUUCUAUCCCAUCCGAUAUGCCCUCUCUCCUCCUUUUUUAACCUUCCUCUCCCCCUCCCCUUGCCAGCUCAGAGUGCGUGCAUGCACUCUCGAAGAACAAAAAAAUAAAUAAAAAAUACAAAAAUAUUUAUAUUUGUUAUUCUUUUUUAAACAGGAAUUUAGUUUACUGGGCUUUCCCACACUAUUAUUAGGGACAAUUUAAAUUUUGACCAUGGACUUUGAAUUCUCCCUUUAGUAAAUAUGAAGGAAAGCUAUAUCAUAUAAAAAUAGGGGCAUUUCCAAUCGAAAUAGGUCUAAAAAUCACUAAGACUAUGACAUUAUUUUCUUUGCAGGUUGAUCUUCCCCUAUGGUUUCCCACAGCAGUUCUCACUGGUUUCCACCUUCAGAAUGAGGGAGAAGACAGCUGAACAGGUGUGGAACCUCUGGGAAGUACAGGCACAGAAUGGAGCUGAGCAAUUUAGAUUGCGUCUCUAUGGAGAAAGCAACGCAGUGGAUAUAUACAGCAUAGCAGCCUCAGGUAGUCAAAAAGUAACAACCUUUGAGAAUGUGGAAAGACUGUUUGAUGGAAGAUGGCACAAACUGUCUUUGAGUGCCAGAAGAAACCUGCUAACACUGUAUGUGGACUGUCAGCAAGUUGGUUCCUCACCUGUUAACCUCUAUGGUACCAUCCGAAUGGAUGGAUUCAGCAGUCUGGCUCGACGCAUAAGGGACGGAGCGGCAGCAAAUGUGAGUGAAAAUAAGAAUAGCUGUUUCCUGUAAUGUUCUAACCAUUAAUAAUGUCAUUGUUGAUGCAUCAGCUGUUUUAACGAUAAGUCGACUUUUUGUAGAUCGAUAUACAGCAGCUUGAAAUCUUUGAAGAUGCAGAAACCGCCACUGAAACAACAUGUUGUGAGCUACCUGGUGUGGUGAGUAUAUAUAAAUACAUAUGCUGUUAUGUUUCAUUUGGGAACUAUUAAUUCUGCACCAUAUUCAGUAAUCAUACCUAUAGCUGCAUGGAUGAAUAGAAUUAAGAAGAACGUGCAUAGUGGAAUUAAGAAGAAAUACCCCAAUAUAAAUAAAAUUCAUCAAGUUUUCAAUUCUUUAUGUUAUGGCUCUUUCUGAUAAAUUACACUAAAAUUUGAUUUAUUCUGCUUCUUUAUGCAGGAAGAUGAAAGGGUAAGUUAAUUUAUAUACUUAUUGCAUAUAAAAUAAACACAAAAUCCACACACAGAAUGUUACACUGUUUCUCUUUUUUUUUAUUUCUUUUUUAUAAAGUGUGCUGAUGCAGGCGAAUUUAAUGCAAAAGGUUGCAACUGUUUGCCCGGAGAACCUGGUUUUCAAGGAUUUCCUGGAUCCAAGGUAAUAAUAUGUCACAUUUCAUUUCAGAGAUCCCGAGCUGUGUCUGAGUACCAGAGUUGAGUAUGAGAAUAAGAGCAAAGUAAGAGUUCCAUAGCUGAGUCUAAGUAUGAGAGCCAAGUACGAGUACGAGAACUGAGUCUGAUUAUAAGAGCCGAGUACGAGAACUGAGUCUGAGUAUGUGAGCCAAGUACGAGAGCCAGAACUGAGAGCCAAGUAUGCGUAUCACAGCCGAGUCUGAGUAUGAGAGCCAAGUACGAGUAGGAGAACUGAGUCUGAUUAUAAGAGCCAAGUAUGAGUACCAGAACUGAGUCUGAGUAUGUGAGCCAAGUACGAGUGCCAGAACUGAGUCUUAGUAUGAGAGCUAAGAAUGAGUACCAGAGCUGAGUUUGAGUGCCAGGUCUGAAUCUGAAAAUGAGAGCUGAGUGUGAGUACCAGACCCGAGUCUAAAUACCAGAGUGGAGUAUGAGCAUAGUAUGAGCUGAGUUUGAGUAUAAUGGCUGAUUAUUAAUACCAGCUUAGUAUAAUUAUGAGAGCUGAGUACGAGUACCAGAAAUAAGUCUUUCAUUAUGUUUUCAUAGGGUGAAAAGGGAACUCAAGGUUUACAAGGUCAUUAUGGAAUCCAUGGCAGACAGGUACGUUAAUAAACAUGUAUUGUUUUUGUUUUUGUUUUUUUUAAUAGAUGCUAUUGUAUUAUUCACAUCAUAUUCAAUCUCAAAGAACAAUAUUAUGAAUGAAGAACAACAAAUCAUGUUCUAAUAUUGCCCUCUUCAUGGAAAUAUUUCCAAUUAAUGUAUUAAAACAACAAUUAUCCAUUAUCCACUAGGUAAGGUCAAGCUGUUCUGCAAAAAAUAUAAAAGGCGUAUUUAUAUUGUUUGACAUUUUAAUUAAAAAAACACUGUGUUGAUAAGUGGGGCUCUUGUUUCCUUAUCCUACAAUAAUUAUACUGCUCUUUUCCUAUUUUAAUGGCUCUGCACUCAGCCAUGGAGCUCUUAUGAGUAUAUUAUACACCUGUUUAUUAGCCACUCUCUUCAACACUAGCAAGGAAAUGUCAAAAGUGAGAAUUUAACCCUUUAAGGACACAUGACAUGUGAUUCCCUUUUAUUCCAGAAGUUUGGUCCUUAAGGAGUUAAAGUGAAUUUCUAAUUUAAAGCCCCCAAAAAAGCUGAGGUGGAAAAAUUCUCAAAGUCAGUGAGCUAUGCUUUCAGUACAACUCCUAUGGCCCUAAAUUUGAAAUUUACUUGGAAUUCUCUCUUUAGCAAAUAACUCUGUACAUUGAAAAAUGUGCCUUAAAGGAACACUCCAAACACCUAAACCACAUUAGCUGAAGUGUUUAAUCGGUUAAAAGUAUGUCCUUGGUACCUUAAUAAAUUAACCUCAUUACACCCCCUGGCUGUCAAUCAGACAAUAGGCCCUGCUAUUUUCUGGUUUGAUUAGCUCAGUGGAGCUAAACUCAAGAGUCAGUGAGUGGCCAGAACAUGGACUUCUCUUUGAUCUGCAUUGGGAUUGCUUGCAAAGGCUGCAGUGUGUGUACUGGGACAAGGGUGAUGCUUACAAAGGCUGCACAAAGAAGAUCCACAGCAAUAAAUUCAUGCAUGUCUUCACGUGAUAAAUAUUAGUGGAAGUUACACUCUUCAAUUCUCUCUAAUCGGCUGUUCUCCCCGCAUGUCACUAAAGAGAUGGGUGCUGAAUUAAGAACAACAGCCACAAAAAAAGCAUCUGGUACCCCAGAGUGUAACACCAACUAAUAUUAUGAUGCCCAAAGAUUAAAGGAACCCCAACCCCUAUCCUAACCUAAGUCUAUCCCUAAACCUAUUUACACAAUGAAAGAUCCAUAACACCGGGACCUUUAUUACAGAGUGACUGCACAUUUGGUAUCAUCUGCUGGAUGUUUUCAUUAAUCUGUUAUAAAAUAGUCAGGCAUGUAUAUUAAAAUCUACAUAUAUAUAUCUACAUAUAUAUUGACAAUCUGUAUUGACAAAUAUUUUACAGGGACCGAGAGGAUCAAAGGGAGGACAAGGUAGAAGAGGUGAUACAGGUCCCAGGGUAUGUAUAUUUGUGGAUUAUGUAUAUUUAUUGGUUAUGAAUAGUAUGAAUAGUAGUGUUGAUAUAUUUUUCUAUUUAAAAAAUGAAAUAAAAAAAUGUGUUUAUUUAAAAAAAAAAAACCCAUGCCUAAAUCACAAUCUCCUUGGAAAUUAAUCUAUUGGAUAUGUUAGUUGUUCAUUUAUAUUCAAUUUAGUUUUUAAAUUUACAUGCAUGUUUUUUAUUUCACCUUUGUAAUACUGUUUACACUGUAACAUUUCACUAUAUAUUUAUGGUGUAUGUAGAGCACGUUUGGACUAGGCUCGACAAAGACUCACUUUAAAGUUGAAACGUUGUCAGAUCACUACAAGGCCUUUGCUAUUUUAAUAAGACUUCAAUAUAUAUUUCAUAAUGUUUCUUAAUAAGACGAUGACAUGUUUACUUCAUAUUGCUACACUUAUUUCUAGAACUUGGCCCUUUCCCCAGAGUUCUAAAAAAAAUAUAAAACAUAUUUUCAAAUAUUUAACCCUGGCAUUAGUCCCAAACCGCUACAGUAGGAACUACAAAUAGUCCUGGCUCAGCCUGCUAGAGAAACUGAAAUCAAAGACCUAUUUGUCAAGAAUUUGACAUGCAGACUAAUGACUGGGAAGCGUAAUAUGUAAUACAUUGUAUAUCUAUGUGCACUUUUUAAUAUCCAAAGUUCUUGUUGGCAUGCAUAUCUCUUCAAUUUGUUAUACAGAAAAGCACUACUUAUUUAUACAGUUAAGGGUAAAGUACAUAAAUACAGGUUAAAAUGGAAAUCUGGGAGGGUAGGUCCUGUGCCAUUAUGUACUCAGGAAGAGGCCUUUUUUUUUUUUUUUUUUAUGUAAUCCUUUAUAUGGUCAGCGGUAAGCCAAGACACUGACAAGGAACACGAACAUCAAUGACAGUGUAAACAUUUCAACAUCUGUGUCACAAAAUUAUAUUAUCACGUAUUUUGUUAAUACAAAAGGAACUGGAGGGAGAAGGGAUCAUUCUGCCACCAGGAAGUCUUAUUGCCAGAGAUAUUGUAAGCAAACAAUUUAUUAUUUAUCGCUAAAGUGUUGACCGGAUGGGAAAAAAGGAAUAUUACAAACCCAGAUCAAUUGGUUUCUGAAGUCCAAAAGUAAACUAAGCAGGCACAUUGCCACCCCAUAGGAUAUAAAGAGCCUUUAGAGCAGUAAUUUCCCCAGGACAAAUCAGUUGAGAAUGUGCCCUUAUCUAUGGAGUUUAGUUUGGUUGAUGACCAACAGAAAAGCAUUUUUUAACAUUCCGCUUGCAAUCCCAUUUAAAUAGACACUUUCUUAGAUGCCACCCCAAACCUCCACUCCGUCAGCACCUUCAAUGUAUUGCUCUAUAUCUUGGUCCUACUUUUUCAAAUAAACCAGAGAAUUACUUGCAGAUGCUGUAGAACAUAGAAAAGAAUACAAAUUUGAGAUAAAAGGGAAAUUGGUUAAAUCACUAUAAACUACAGUUUAACCUUUAGAUAGGUCUGCAAUACUAAGUAAUAGCAAAUAUCUGAAGAAAUCUGAUGUUGCUAACUGAGCUGAGACACAAUUUAUACCAUCUUCAAAUACGUCCCCCUACUAUUUUGUGCUAACACCCCUAUAUUGGUGAAAGACUGCGGGAGAAGGAGAGGGAGAAAUUUCUUUAUUUUUAAGGAAUAACGUUUAGAGAGAUUGUAGUAAUGAAAUAACCUGUUCCAGAUAUUUAAUUAAUUGAGCAGGGUCAGGCGAGUAGGAUAUACCUACUGUCUUUGACCCUUUUCCAGCUAUAUGUAAAAUAAUGGAAGAUCAAGCAAGGAAAGUGUAGACUCAAUGUCCACGUGCCUGUAUAAUGACAUUUCAUUUAACUUCAGUGCUACACAUGCACUUGAUAAACAGAGUAUAUUUACUAAGCACAGUACCAGUCAAAAUAUAUUGUGAAUUUGUGCUUUAUUAUUUCACAGGGUGACCCAGGUCCUGAUGGUGAAGAAGGCCCUUCUGGGUUCACAGGAGAUACUGUAAGUAGUGAUUUGUCGUGCAAGUAUAUGCAAUCUGAAGAGUUAAAUUAAAUUUAAAGAGUUUAUAACAAUGAGAAGUUUUAUGCCCGUGAUUUUUUUCACAAGUAUGUCAAUUUCUACAAAUUGUAUUUUUAUUGUUUUUAAUAAGCACAGUCUAGCACAUUAUACUUAUACAGUAUUAACAUUUUAUUAGAAGAGAUAGCUGUUAACUCAAAGUUCAAACCUAUAGUUGCAUGACAAAAACCAGCGCGAAGGAAGUAAACUGCAAAGGGUAAAGGAAAAAUUUAAAAAACAACAACAAUUAUUGCCAUGUUUUUCUAAGAAAUGCAACGUAUUAAUUGAUGUAUAUAACAUACAUUCCAGCACUUUAAUCUGACAUCAACUUGAGGUAUGUUUUAGGGUAAAUGUAAAUAUUGCUAUUUAUUAUAAAUGGCAAUGACUUACAUUGUCAGAGAAAUGCAGAUCACCAAUGCACUAAAACCACACAUUAAGAUGUACCUUUAACACUGGCAAAGAUUAACCAAGCUAGAAAGGUGCAAAUAUAGGCCCUUUCUAGUACCUAGCCCAGGGGUAGGCAACCUUUUAACAGCACUGUGCCAAAAUAAGAUUGUGAUAUCUCGUAGUGGCCGGCCCUAUUUUUUUUUUUUUUAAUUGCCAUGUCUAUGUUUUCCGUAAUUUGCUUGUUUUAUUUAUACUGUAGUUGCUUUUUGUUUUAUUUGUGCAUAUAUGAGCUGUUAUAUUGUAUAUGUUCAUGAGUAAAUUGUGGUAUUGUAUAUUAUAUGUAGGAAUUUUGGCUGUGUAUGGGGGGCUGCUUGUGGAAUUGAGUGUGUUGAUGGACAUGUUACAUUGUGUUUUUGGUGGGGUGUGUAUGUGUGAGGCUGCUUGGGGUAUUGCAUGUGAGAGCCUGCUUGUGAGGUUGUGUGCGUCUAUGUGGAUUGUUAUUGGAGAGAUCACUUACUCUACAUGCUGCAAUGCAUAAAUUGAGGAUUGUCUUUCACCACCUUUUCAAAAUUAGCAGAUAUCUGAAGUUUCACUUGGUCUCCUGAUAGGCCAGAGAAGCCUGUUUGGCUCUAGCAGCCUCGAGUGCCAUGCAAAGACACCUCGAGUGCCAUGCAAAGACACCUCGAGUGCCGUGCAAAGACACCUCGAGUGCCGUGCAAAGACACCUUGCCGUGCAAAGGUUGCCUACCCCUGACCUAGCCUAUUAAAUAUAAAAAAGUGUACCCUCCACAUGAGGUAUUUAGCUUAAUAAGGCUAAUUACUUGCAUAUGUUGCAAUGCUGCAUGCUCCAACUUCUCAAACAAGUUAUUGCAUUGCUCUUAUUUACAUUGUCAAAAUUAAUGGAUGGGAAAUAAAAUUAAUAUAUUAAUCGUUCCUAAAUCCCAAUGAGGUAGACUAAAGUCUAAAAUCCCUUUAUUACUGCAUCUGUGUCUAUUUUUCAGCAGAAAUAGUAUAAAAUCCAUGUGGGCUGGCUACUUUCAUUUACAAAUGACAUUAAUGAAGAAAAUAGCCUAUAUCCUGCUCCACUGUGGCCCGUUUUUGAUUUUCAAAAAGUCAGCCAAUAGCCAAUGAAAUAGCUUUGAAGUCCACCUGUUGAUUGUCAUUACAAUAUAUUGCUCUAUUGAUUAUUAACCCAUUCAUGUUGUCCAUAUUUUAUUAAGGCUCUGCCUGGGUUAGGCCAGAUUUCUGUUAAAAGACAAUAAGGUCAGUCUCUGAACGUGUCCUGUGUUAUCUGGCACCAAGACAUUAGCAGCAGAUCCUUGCAGCACAUCACGUGGCUUGAGAUCUGGGGAAUUUGAAGGCAAGACAUUGAACUCUUUAUCAUGUUCCUCAAACCAUUCCUGAACAAUUUUUGGAGUGUGCCAGGAUGUAUUGUCCUGCUAAAAGAGUCCACUGCCACCAGGGAACACCAUUGCCAUGAAGGGGUGCACAUGGUCUGUAACAAUCGCUAGGUAGUACGUGUCAAAUUAACAUCUCUAUGAAUGCCAAGACCCAAGGUUUUCCAGCUGAAAAUUACCCAGAUCAUAAGACAUCCUCUACCAGACUUCCUUUCUCCCAUAGCACAUCCUGCUGCCAUCUCUUUCCCAGGUAAAUUACACACACAUAAUCGGCCAUCCACCUGAUCUAAAAGAAAACGUGAUUCAUUAGACUAGGAAACCUUCUUCCAUUGCUUUAUGGUCCAGUUCUGACACUUACGUCCCCACUGAAGGUGCUUUUGGUGGUGGACAAGGAUCAUCAUGGGCUUCAUCGUCUGCAACUACACAGCCAUAUAUGCAGCAAACUGCAAUGCACUGUGUGUUCUGAUACCUUUCUAGUAUGGCCAGCAUUAAGGUUUCAGCAAUGUGAGCUACAGUAGCUGACCAGACAGACUAGACUUCGCUCCCCGCGUACAUCAACGAGCCUUGGGCGUACAUGACCCUUAAGCCUGUUCAGUUGUUACACCUGUUGCAGUUUUACUUUCUUGCACCACUUUGUGAAGACUUGCUGUUUUGGAAAUGCUCUGAUCUUGUCAUCUAAUCUCACGAUUUGUUGUUGUCAAAUACACUCAGACCUUUUAAUUUUCCAUUUUUCCACUUUCAUCACAUGAAAGUCAAGAACUUAAUGUUUAAUUGCUUCCUACUGUAUCCCACCUCUUAAAAGGUGCCUUUGUAGCAAUAUAAUCAACAUUAUUCACUUUACCCGUCAGUGGUUUUAAUGCUGUAGUUAAUGAGUAUAAUUUGUUUUGUCUUAAUAUGAGUUUCUAUUACAUUCUUUUAAAAGGGUUUCUUUGGACUUCCUGGACAAAAAGGAGAAGAAGGUUUACCUGGAAAGAAGGUAAAAUGAAAUGCUGUAUCUGCUUAGUGCCCUGGGUUUAUAUACCUUAUUAUUUUUUUAAGGCAUAAUUAUAGUGUAUAUUGAUAAAAAAAAUGUAAUAAGGAACCUCUCACACGUUUCCAUUUGAAUGUUUUCAUUGGACACAGCAUGCAAUGCGUCAAGAUCUAAGCUAAUAAAACAUGUAUCCUGGCAAUAGUUCAGUAGGUAGGGCAUCAGCUGCAGUAACCUAGCAUCACAGGGUGGAUUAUUGGCAAGAUCAGUUCAGCCCAUCAUUCGGCUAAAGUUGAUGAAAAGAGAGCUAUUAAGUGCAUAAAAAUAAUAAUAUCAAGACCUCAAGAAUGCAGUUGUUUCCUUCUGAAAAGAUUACUCCAAUCCUUUUAUUUUAAACCCAAUUUAGUUUAUUUUGUAAUAGCUAUUUGACACCAGUAACGUGUUCACCCAUCUUUUUUAAAAGUAAAAAAACUUUUAAAAAAAAGAAAAGUAACCGAUAAUCCAGCGUCAGGUGUGCACUUUUCACUUCCCAUCUGAUGUCGCAUUGCUUUAUGCAGUCCAAGCAAAUAAUUUUUAUAGAGAAAACAUUUCCAGGCUCAGAGUGCAUGUGUGCUCUGAGCCCAGUUGGGUGGGAGGCAGAGAAGAGUGGACAAGGAAGGGAGAGGAUUUAAAAAAGAAUAACAUAUAUGCAGGGAGUUUGAGAGUGAGUAGACCAAGCGAGGAAUAGAGGGAGAGGAGAUUUAGGCUUCCCCUUACAGGUGUGUUCCCAGUGCAACUCGCAAGAGUAGUAGCUGACUAGUUCUGUCACCCGUGCGUUGUGUAAUUUUUGCACAGCAAUAACAUUAGGCAGUCUGGAACAGUUACUGGCUGCCAAAUUUGCGCAUGCUGGGGUUUAACUAGCCCACUGCACAAAUUUGCAAACAUCUCUGUAUUUGCAGCGUUUCAAGCAGAAACAUAGCAGAUACAGAUUGCUUCCCCCAUGACCGCUUCUAAAAACAGAUAUGGUUAGGGAUGUUGGAGUAACACUUUAAACACUUUGAUGAUAUUAUUUUAUGUCUGGCUGAGCAUUGUCAAAAAUAUAGUUUACAUACAUAUCUAUUGGCUUGUUAGCUAUAAAUGAUCUUGUUUGUGUUGAUUUGUUUGCAAAACAGGUUUUUUUUUUUAAAGACAAGCAGGUGCUAUUCUGGGGCAAUAUACUAACUAAAUAAGGCCAUGUUGCCAUGGAAACCAACAGAAUAGCACACACUUUGCCUUGAUAGCUUGCUAAUAUGUUAUGAAAAAAAAUAAAGCAGAGCACUAUGAACUGCAUAACUACUCUCUGGCAGCAUCAUUGGGAGUCAUUAAGAGUUUUCAGGUUGGCUAAUAUAAAUUUUGUAAAAAAUUGGCAUCUGAUGCCAGCACACACAGCAUGCUGGCAACUGAUAGCCAAUGGCAGCAUGCCACUCCUCUACGCUGCCCCUGUACUUACCUUCAGUCUGCCCUGCAAGAGCCCCUCCAUCUGACAGGUGGGAAUAAUGUCAGCAGAGGAGCUCUUGACCUCGGCGCAAUAUUAACAUUUAGCAUUUUAAUUUUUUUCGCUGAGGGAGACUUACCAGGCUAGGAGGGGUUGUUCCAAUUUCUUAAAACACUGGUCUUUGGUAGUAACCUUUUACAUAUAAUUAUUGAGCUUUCUGUUUAAAUCCACACAAAUUGGUAAACGUGUAAUAAGAUAGAGAGACAGAGAGAGAGAACUAUAGAUGUUUUCCUGUUUUUGCUCUUUGUCAAGUUGUGUAAUGUUAUUCAGGGUCGAAUGGAUAAUUUAUAUGUCAUUAUUAUAACUGGUCCUUGUGAUUGUGUUCCUCCCAAGACUUGCCUGUUCAAUUUUCUUCUAUUUUAGUCAUUAGACACAGACUGUGUAUUAAUGAUAACCUAUCUUACAGGGAGAGCGUGGAUUGACAGGUCCACAAGGAGAGCCAGGAAUUAAAGGAGAACUUGUAAGUAAUUUCUAUUAUUAGUCAAUCAGAUGAUGGUGUGUGAACCUUUUUUCUCCAGAUCCCCAAUUUAAUUUUUUUUUUAUACUAUAUGUAUGCUAUAUAUAUGCAUGCUGUUUUUUGCUACAACCAUAUAUGAUAUCUUGGCUUUUACCUCUGAAGUUCCUAUCAAGAAACCCAUUGGUAAUCCACUGCAAUCUAGGGAUUGUAUUCUUUCGAACCUAGAUUUUAGCGACUACUUACUUAUAGUUUCAACUGGCUUGAACCAUUGCAAACUGUCAUCACUUAAGUAUCUUUCAAGACUUGAGGUUCAGUAAACAGACCUCUUAGUUUAAUACUUGCAAAUUAUUUUAUAAACUAUAUUGAUUUAAAACCAUCAUCAUGAUAUGGAUUAUUAUACAGCUCAGUGUCAAAAAAUCCUGAUUUAUAUCAUUUUAAUAACUAGUAACUCAAAACAAUUGCACAGCCUAAGAUGGUCUGUCUCUAAUUAUGCAAAGUAACUUAUAUUUUACACCACGUAGUUAAAACCAAUACUAAUUGUGGGAUUAUUUUAAUUUCAUGCAUUCAUUUUUAGCUGUGUUUCCUGUUUAUAUGUACAUACCUUAAACUGGCAUGCAGAUGUUAUUAAAGUGUUGUUUUACAAUUUUUUUUUUAGAAGUGGCCAAUAUCUAAUUUUGGACUAAAACUAUAUUCUCGGCCAUCUCUAGCUGUGAUCAGAGUUCUGGGUGUUGUAGUCCAACAACAAUUUGGGGACCCACAUAGUUAUACAGCACUUAAACCCUUCAUUACCGACCACUUUUUGGUUAACAAAUAUUAGCAUGACAUUUUUUUUUUUUUAAGUAGGGGAUGCACAGCUAGCCUAUAAACAUAUCAUAUGUUUGUAGACAAAGAGAAAAAUAGAAAAUAUGUAAAUUCACACAAUUUAUAUUUUUCUCCUAUUUAUUCAUCCUUUAUAAAAAUAUUUGGGAAAUGAAAAGCUUUAGACAGUAUACGGUGUCCUUCAUCCUGCAAUAUUUCACAGAGAUUCCAAAACGUUAGUUUGAAAGCAAUAAUGUCUAUGUGUAUAGAUUGCUUUGCAGACAAGCGUAAACAUUCAAAUUAUGUAACUUUACAGAAUUUGUAUUUUUCCCUUAUGUAUCCCUCAUAUUUGGGAAACGAACAGCUGUACACAAUUUCCUUUAUCUUUAGCACUAUUUCAAACAGGGUCUGAAAUGUUAGUUUGAAAGCAAAAAUGCAAAUAGAUUUGACAAAAAUAGAUAAAUAAAAAAAGGACCCUUAAGGCAUUACUAGCAGUAUAGCUUACUAAAAUGGCAACAGAAUGUAAAAACAAUGGCUGCAAAUGAGCAUAAUGCCCACAUUUAGUAAAAAUAGUGAAAUCUUAUAUUUCUAAAAUAAAGGUAUUUAAUCUUUAUCAAUCUCUGAACUGCUAAUGUAAUGCUAACAAUGAAAAGGUAGAGUCCAUUUACUCUUCACUUUACAUUCAUUAUAUCAGUAACUUGUGGCCCCAUGAAGCAAGCGCAGCCUAAGGCUGGAAAGUAGGCUUAGGUGAGGAUGGCAGGGAUUGGUAUUUUAGGUUGGGAGGCAGGACUAGUAUAUAUAGGCCGGCCAUCUUAGUUUGGUCACAACUAAUUACUCACCAGUCUGGGUUGGUCCCUCCCUCCGUCCCUUGUAUAGGUUAAGUGGUUUCAGCCCGCUUAGUCACAGCAGCAGGGUUGGUGAGGGGAAGGCUAGGGAGAAAUAUGGUCUCUGGUUUAAUUAAGAAGAGUUAAGGAAGUUGGCUGAUUAGUACCAAAUUGGUUGGUUACAAUGUUGAUAUAAUUUUGGUGGGUUUCAAGUCCGUCGGUGGCUCAGAACGUUGGAGGUGUAGGGUUAUCCGGGUAUACCCCUCCCAGGAGGCGGUUAAUCAUUAUGUUGCACUUUAUUUGUUUAUAUCUUAAUGUGUCGUUACAUUGUUAUUACAAUGUUUACCAUAUGUGUCAUAGCCUUUAUUUAUGACAUAUGGAAUAUGUAUUGUGAUGUAUGGGUGAAGGGAUGAGGCAAGGACUUUCAAUGUUUCAGUUGAUAUUUUUGGAUAUUAUUAUUAUUAUUAUUAUAUUAAUAAAGCUUUGGAUGUAUUGACCCAUACCUUAGAGUGUUUGUAUUUGAUUGGUAAUGGGGUAGCUAUGGGUUUUUUGGGAAAUCUCCACCUGCCAACAAGGUGACAAUGCACCCGUCAAGUGUCUUCUGGUAUAGACAUGUUUCCCCUACAGGCUGGUAAUCAUAUCUAGAGUAAGAUGAGGGUCGGUGAGGCUUUAUGGACUAGAUUUCAUACUACAAAAUACAUGAAAAUAAAAACUUUUAAGCUCUAUAUCAUUUUAAAGGGGUUAAACCUUUUUUGUUAUGGAGAACUAAAGGAAAAGUUAAAUGUUUUCAAUUACUUAAAGAAUAAAGGACACGUUAUAUAUUAAGAAGAAUGUAUUUAAAUAUUUUUUUUAAAACAUACUUUAACAGUAUUCAGGACUGAUGCCAAACCUUUUUGUAUUUUAGGGUAAUAUUGGUAAACUUGGCCGUGAUGGCAUUGAUGGUCCUCCAGGUGAGAAGGUAUGUAGUAUAAACGUUUGUUUCUUUGCAGAAGUUGUUCUUUCACUAUAGUUUGCAGCUCUACUUCCAAUAGUUAGAUAACGAUGCCAUUAAGGAGAUAUCAUAGUCCUUCAUGUUCUAGAUGGACUUUCAUCAACUUUUAUCAGGAACGUUUUGGUGGACUAAUUCAUAUGAGCGUGGGGGGAUCAUCAGCUAUGGUAUUGACAGACACCAAUUACGUUUAAAUUUCAGGAAACCAUUAAAUUAUGCACUUUGUUGAUGUUGUGUCUAACCAAGAUAAAAUGUGUGUAUAAACUAUAAAAUAUUUAAAAUACAUAUGUUAUAGUCAGUAGAUGUCUUCAUGUAAAAAACAUUCACCAGAUUUUGUAUAUGUAAAAGACAAAAGUAACAAUAAUAGUACAGACAGCCUAAUUCAAUAUGUUUUAUAUUAUAUAGCAAGAUUUAAAUAAUUUUCACCUACCACUAACAUUUCCUAGAGCUGAUAUACCAGCUCUUGUAUAUUGUGCUUGUGUGACUUUAAGAACUGACACCAACCUCACUCUGUAAUUACUUUGAAUAAUUUAUUCACUUAGCAAACAAUUAACACACAUUCAAUACACUUAAAAAAUGAAGUGCCUUUUAAAGACAAAUGUGCAAUGUGGUAUCUCGCGAUUAGGUCUGUUCAGCACAUUUUCAGCAUCUUCAGUCCAUCUACUUGUGUGACGACAAUCUCUCUACGCAUUUCGCUACACUGGCUAUGUAAGGCUUAACAUCACAGUUCUACAAUUUUUGUUUGGAUGAGAAUCGGCUGGAGAUGUACAUUUUGUCCAUUCAUAAGAGAAUAGCUUUCUAUCAUUGAUAUCUCCUUUUCUUUUUUUUUUUUUUUUAAUUCUUUAUUUAUUGCGUGCAAAGAGAUAACGUUGCUUGGUGCGCCACAACAGCUGCAUCAAACAGAGAGAUAAGAAGAUGUACAUGGUUAUGGCAUUUGCAUAAGUUGCACAUUUUUAAAUUAUAUAUUAUACAGACUAAACAGGCUAAACAGUAUAAGUCUAGAGUAACUGUUAGGGCUAAUAACAACGCCAGUGUGGAAAACAAAUAUUAGGGUAGACUUUCUGAACUGCCCCAGCAUGCAUUAUAAAUGUGAUUUCGCCUAUACGCAGCCAGUGCACAAUGUAGCUUAUAACAAUAAAGGAAAUAGAUAGAGAAAAGGUAAAGCACGUUAGUAGAGAGAGAGACAUGUUCAGCUUACGGUCUAGUAUGCCGAUGUGAGUCAAUGUCCCGUAUUCACGAUGCAUGCUGUAGGAAUAAAUGCCUAACUGAAAGAGUCAAAAACUUAAACUUAGUAUAUAGGGCAUAUAAACCAAUGGGUUUCCGCGUGUCCAUGUGUUAAUAAUGUUACUGUCCGAACUGGGUUUUGUACCGGUGGUCAGUGGCACAGUGGGGUAGGUUGUCAAUGAUGGUCCCAGGGGUCACAGCCUAGGGCUGUUGGAGACCUGUCCUGCAGUGUGAGUCCAUUAUCAGCCGAUGCCGGCGCUUGGGGGCUCGUUGUGGCUGUUGAGAAGCGGUGAAAAAGUGCAGCGGUUCUCACAUGAGCUGCGUCCUCGCUUUGGUCCUUGUGCCUGGCUGGCCGCUCUUGCUGCAGGGGUGGGUACAUAGACAGCUGUUCGACGGGGGUGAGGUACGUCCUCUCUCCAGCCCCGGGCCGGGAUAAAGGCCGACAUCAUUACUUUUCGGACCCAGGCACUUCUUUGGGCUGGGUCCAUCCCAUGGCGGGAGUAACGGGGGGGAGCUGAUGGUCUGCCGCUUUCUGUGGUGGCCGUCCAUCCGUCCAUGUGGGUGAUGCCUUCGGGUUGUGCCCUUGGUGGCCCUCGACCCAGGUGGGCCAGCAAUGUGAGGUGCAGAUUUGUCUGGGCGCUUUAGGCCCGAGGAGGUCCUCCUCACCCUCCGUUUCUUGCCACCCCGUUCUCCAUCUCGAGGAUCGGGCGGUGUAGAGAAUAUGUGGGUCUCCAGUUUGACCCAUAGCUGGUGGAAGUGCUCGCUUAGUCUCUGCAUUAUGCGGUCCACAGAGCGCAGGGCUGGCUCACUCUGUUCAUUUGCCUUCUCUGUUGGCCAUGUGGUAGCCGCCAUUUUGGGUCGGGUCUCUCCGCUUGUUUGGGCCCCGAGCGAGGUCCGUUUGUCGAGUUGUUUGCUUAGGGCAGUCGAGUAGGGACCGGGAUAACCCCCGCCGGUCCAAGGGGGGGGGGGGAGGUAGAAGCUUGCAUGAUCUCGUUUGUUAUCAGGAAGCAGGGAGGUCGGCCGCCUCUCUCCAGCUCCGUUUUAGUAGGCCGCAACGGCGUCUCUCUGGUCUCCCGCAAAUUAAGGUCUUGGGGUUUAUCUCUGUGUUCCCUCUGAGCUGUGCACUGCCCAUCAGUGGGUUUGAUCGCUGUUUUUUCAGGGUUAAAUCUGCUUUUAUUGCUUGUUUAGCAGGAGCUCAGGACCCACACGUCUGCUCCUCUUGCCUGUCAGGCUCCGCCCCCUGAUAUCUCCUUUUCUAUACGAUUAUUGUUGGAAAUUGGGCAUCUCAGCUUUUACUCUCCAAUACACUCUCUGCCCAUAAGUUUGAUUAAUCCAAAUUACCUAUUGUAUUAUUUUCUUCCAUACACUAUAAUUUAGUAUUUUACUUUAUAUUCUCUUAAUGAAAUCUGCAAACCCAAUUAAAAUACUCAGUUUGCUUUCAGUCCUCAGCAGUUAGAAUUUAUGUAUCUCUAAUUUCAUCAUUCUAAUGCCAUUUACAUUAUUAAACAUUUUCCCUUUACUUUCUAAUUACUCAAGGCAUGAUAUAUACAUAUACAUUCUCAUUUUAUAGGGAUCACGAGGCCCAUCCGGAAAACAGGGCCCCGGGGGACCUGAGGGAUCUAAGGUAUUUUGUUUUUUGGUAUUUGUGAACAUUUUUGUGGAAGCUGGAAGAAAGAUGGUAAAAUUAAUGAGUAUAAUGAAAUGCAGAUAUAUAAAUUGUAAAUAGUUAGUUUUGGGUAAUGUACAAAGUUUAGAACGUUCCCUUUUCUGAUAUUUUGGCAAGUCUAUGGAAGAAAACUAGUAGCCAACUAAAAAUCCAAAUUUCCAUGAGAAAAUAGAGAUGGCUUUUAAAUAUACCUUUGACUGAAAUUUCCAGAUACCGUCUUUUUAGGAACAGAACAGUAAAGCUCUUUCUUCAAGACUAUGCAAAGGUAAAAGCAGAGAAAAGCAAACACGUUUUGGUUGGCCAACAAUCAUAUUACCCUGCAUUUUGGCUCCUGUAGAAGAUCCAAAGAGUUUCUGUAGCACAGUUCAAUAUUUCUGUAGUUCUUCUACCAUAGAAUAUACAGAAUAAUUAAACUGAAUGUUUGCCUACAUCCCAACAUCUCGUUGACGGGUAAAAAAAGCAGAUAAUGCAAUUUAUUAUGCCUUAUUUAUUUUUCAUUUGUCACUAAUAUCUUUAAUAUUUAUUAUAAUUUUGGAACAGUUUGCAGAAGAAGCAUUUUGUGAAAAAUGUAAAGAAUUGACUUUUAUUGGCCGCAAAAGACCUAAAUAUGCGAAUAGCAUUUUACUUCUUAUCACAUGUGCUCACUGUAUCUUAUUGGUGUCCAACCGAUAGACAUGCAAAGAUUGUAGCAUUACAUUGAUCUUGCCGUAGGUAGUUAAGGGAAGAAAACGUUGUCGUUCAACAAUAACUGAAGAAAUGGAAAUUUGUGAUUCCUGCCUUAGCUAUAGGAUGUUUCAACUAUAAAAUGUUUGUAAAAUGUUGCAUAAUUAACUUUUUCUAUGCAUUAUAACUAUAGGGUGAUGCUGGAGCCCCCGGGUUUUUAGGUAGUCGAGGUGACAUUGGUUACCCGGUAAGUGAAAUUCCAGUUUUUACUCAUCAAUUCAAUGUUAAUAAGCAUCCCUCAAUUAAUUUAUUACAAUGAAAACAUUGUAGAUACAUUGCGGAGAGAAUUUGUACAGGCAGUUACUAGCAUAAGAAAUAUAUUUGUCUUUGUAGACGUAUUUAUCUUCUGCAUCAGUUAAAGGGUUAAUCCAAGCACCAUAUCUACAAUACAGACUUACAUAGCAAGAAUCACUCUAACCACAACCAGUGUUUUUGGUUGUAUCAACCCUUUAACAACCCAAUUAAAAUGUACUUUGGGAUUGCACUAUUGCUAUAAUGAUUAUACACAGGCAGUUUUACUAUAAAUUAAUUUUGUCUAGCAUACGUUCUUCAUCUUCACCUCUUACCGCUCUCGACAUUAUUUUGUAUGUCAAUUAACUACUGUUAAGAAUUGUUAAAUAGAGCUGUAAAAUAUGUUGGCACUAUAAAAAAAAAAAAAACUGUAAAAUACAGACUCAAUUACAAGCCUGUGAGCGCUUUCAUAUAAAACCACACCUAAAGUGUGAAAAUUAUAACUGCCUGUUUAGAGAAGAAGGCAUCCAAAGAGAUUGCCCAGGUGUAUCCAUAACGAAGCAGCCCAAAACUUUUCUGGAGCUUAUAUUACAGUAAAACCUCGCUUUAUGGCGCUUUGCUUUAUAGUAAUUUUAUAGCUGCAGUCAGAUAGUGAAUCUCUACUUCUUUAAGGUUAGCAAUGGUUGAAUUGUUUUAUUGAUUAUAUUUAUUUUUACAUAGUUUUUUGGUCUAUCAAUAACGUACAUGUAAUAUACAUAUAAUGUAUAAUAGUGUAAGCAUUCAGGACAUACAUACGUACCAGCAAAUGGAAAAAAUCCAGGAUUCACUUCACAGCAAUAUUCACUUCACAGCAGUGGGACCUAACUUGACGUAUUCCUGAAGUAUGCCUGUAUGUGGAAGACAUAGGAAGCCAGGCCUCUCUGUUUUGACUUGGACAUCUUUAAAAGCUAUUCAAUAUUUGCAUUUUCAAAAGAAAACACAAUCCGUUAACGUUUUUGUUCUGUUUUUUAAAAACAGUAAAAAAACAAACUUUCUGUGAAAAGGGAUUUUGAAAACUAUUUUAUUUUUUAAAUGUCCCAUAUCAAAAUUUUGUAUUUAUCGUAAAUAUCUUGUGCCUUCAUAUAUUUAAAUAAUGAGAUAUGAGUUCUCAUGAACUAUUUCUGUCCAAUUUUAGGGUUAUCCGGGAAUAACUGGUGAUUAUGGAGAGAAGGGCAUAAAGGUGAGAUGCUUGGGCAAUAAGCAUAUUCUAAACAUUUUGUCUACAUUAUCAAAAAAUUGCAUUUUCAGAACUAAAAGAAAACCUUAUUGUUAGACUUGUACCCUGAUGUUCUCUCCCAGUAUAACUAUUUUACAUAUGUUAGUUAUGGUACAUUUUUAGAGACUCAGAUAGGAAUGGGAUAAAGGCUGUAACCAGGGAAGAAAAUUGGCCCAGGCAUUUAAAAUCAGAGGUUUCCAGGGUUCCAGAAGGGUGUGUGCUGUAUGUGUGUGUGUUUAGUGGCUCUAAUGGGUGUUUAUAUAUGGUGGUGCUGUAGUGAGUGUAUAGACGCUGUAAUGUCUAGUGUGUGUUUGUUUAGGGGAUUUAGUAUGUGUGUAGGAGGUGCAAUGAAUGUGUGCAUGUGUGUGUGAAUGUGUUUGGUGGGUUUUUAUGAAAAAAAAUAUUACUUUAUUCCCCCUUACCAGCUUCUAACUUUUGGCCAGCAGGGCCACCAUCAGGAAGGUACUACCAGUACAACUGUACGGGACCCAGGCUGCCUGGGGAGACCCGGCCCCUGCAUUCCUAAUGUGCACAUAUAUAUAGCGAUUACCUCUAUAUAUAUAUGUGCCACUGCAGGCUUCCCACUGCCUGUGUAGUGAAGAAGGGCCCAGAAAAUGCAAUCUUCAACUUCUGGCAAUCCUCUUUCCAACUCUUGCAAGCCCACACCGUGGGUAACAAUGGCAAUGCUCCCCGUGGCAUGCAGGUCGGGCUUGCAGGAGUUAGAUAGAGGAUUUUCCAGAAACUGAAGAUUGCAUUUGCUGGACCUCCUCUUUACUAUACAUAUAGCUGGCAGCCUGUACAACCAGGGAGUGUAAUGUUUAAUGUCCCCCGUUACUGUGCAGGGGGUUGGGAGGAAUAAAAUGAAUAACAAUUUUUAAAAAUUUCCCCGUGGAAUACAGCACCUAUCCUAUUCCAUAUAUACACACACACUGCAUCCACUACACACGUUGCAUCCACUACACACACUGCAUCCACUACACACACUGCAUCCACUGCACACAGACUGAAUCCACUACACAAACACACACUGUCUAAGGGGCCACAAAAUGAUGGCAACCCUGCCAGGGAGAGUGGACAUGUUGGAAGAUCUUUGUCUCUACAAAGCACAGUUCUAAAUGGCUUAGCUCAUUGGCUAAGAUCAAUCAGCUGAUGCUCUUAACCAAUGAGCUAGCUCUCCAUUUCUCCUGCUUUGAAGCUUUCAGUUCUCUGUUGGAUAUAUUGGAGUACAGGGGUUGGCAACAUUCGACACGUGUGCCAUGCAUGGCACUCGAGGUGCCUUUGCAUGGCACUCAAGAUUGCUAGAGUCAAACAGCUUCUGGCCUAUCAGAAGUCCCAGUGGGGGUGACAGAUGUCUGCUUGUGCAACCUAAGCGGUGAUUGCAGGUGGUGAGGUGCAAUUCCUUAAUUUAUACAUUGCAACACUUAGAGGAAGUGAACAGGAAUCUGUACUGGAAUAGAGCAACCAGCAGCUGAUAUCACAGCUCCUGUCCUUGACUUUACCUGGCCAGUCCAGUCCCCAGUUGACGCCGGGAAGCAGCCCACACUGCUAGAUAUACACAGAACUGCAGAAGAAGUCUUCCUCACACACAUAGUCCCCACAAACACAGCACCACUGACAAUCCACCCACAUAACCUGACAAGCAGGUGCCAUAACUAGCCCCAUACAUGCACAUACCACCAAACACACAAAGUGACAUAUCAUUGACACACACAAUUCCACAAGUAGCACCCAUACAUAUCCCACAUUCAUAGGUAUACACAAUACCACAAACUACUCAUGAAAAUAUACUGUACAAUAUAACCACCUUCACAUGCACAAAAACAAUGCUACAAAGAAACUGUAGCACCCAUAACUAACACAAGCAGAAUAUGGCAACAUACAAAACUCAAUUUAAAAAAAUGUAAUCAGCAUGCCAAGGGACUUCAAAAUCUUGUUUUGGCACAGUACUACUAAAAGGUUGCCUACCCCUGACAUAGUAUCAAGUAAGCUCUCCAAGUAUAAUGCAACUAACUUAUUGUUUUAACCCUUUUAAGGCUCAAUGAUAUUAAAUAGGAAAUUAUCACUUCCCAGGAUUUUUAAUAUUAUGUUUACUUAAAGGGAAACUAUAGUCACCAGAACAGCUACAGUUUAAUGUAGUUGUUCUGGUCGGUACAGUCAGUCCCUGCAGGCAUUUUCAUUAAACACUGCAAUUUCAGUGAGAGUGUUUACAUUGCUCCCUAGGGACACCUCCAGUGGCAGUCACUCAGAUGGCCUCUAGAGGUGCUUCCUGGGUCAGUGUUGCACAUCAUGUAGCACUGAUGUUCAGCGUCUCCACGCUCUGCAUGGAGACGUUGAACUUUCCCCAUAGAGAUGCAUUUAUUUAAUGCAUCUCUAUGAGGAGAUGCUGAUUGGCCAGUGUGGCAUUUGGUUCCACGCCCACCCCGCCUCAUUGGCUGAGAUUAUAAGAAUUGACAAUCUCAGCCAAUCAAUGCUUUUCCUAUUGUAUAUAUUGUAAUAACACUACAGGGUCAGGAAUACUUGUUUAUUUAGCCUUAUAUUUAACAAAUAUGUAUUUGUGAGAUGUGGAAAAUAAAGUUAAAUAUAGAAAUUCAGACCUUUUUAUUCUGCAACCGAAUGCUUCCAUUUUAGCUCCCUUUCAAUUAAGCUCAAGUUAGCGGUCAUUUUCAACAUUUUAUUCAGUUGUAUAAAUUCCCGAGCGGUUACCCUUCAAUGCUGUCACCAAAGUCUGGUUCCUAAAGUCCCUACACCAGCUAUAUACAGACUUGCGACUUUUAAUUGAACAGCCAUCCCAUUUUGAUAUACAAUUUCUAUGAAAUAAUUAUUUCACCACUGGUCCUUAGUUCGUUAGUUCAGUAAGAAGCAUUAACACAGUCUUUAUCUUUGCAGGGUAUAGAAGGAAGAUCGGGAGAACCUGGGUACCGAGGUACCCCUGGAAAGGAUGUGAGUUAAAAGGAAGCAUUAUGUUUAUAUUGUACCAUAUUCUUUAUUGAUAGAUAUAUAUUUAAAUUCCAAUGAAAUGGCAAACUUGGAAAAGAAGUCACCAUUACCAUUUCAGAAAAAAACAAACUUUUUUUUAAAGGUUUUUAGCAAAACAACGGUUCCCAGAAGAACUUGUGGCUUAGCCGCAGCAAGCCAGAUUGUUAAUGUGAAAGUUCCACUUCCAAUUUAGCAAUAUUCGUUUCAUCCAUUUUUGGAUCGCAGUGAUAACUGAAGUCAAUCAGCUGAAGUGCUCAACCCAUGACUGCUGUCUCGAUAAAGAAGAAAUUGAUAUUGCUGAAGCAAAAGCUGGACUUAAGCAUGAGCUUAAUAGCUAGAAAACGCCAGGUCACAGGUGCCUAACGGACCCUCUGUUUUAGUCAUAAUGCUCAAACUGUUCAAAAACAGUUUGACAAAGAACUUGAUAUAUGUAAAGACCUGUACUUCUGAUAACAGAGUCCUAUUUACUGCUCCUUGUGAGUAAUGUAUUAGAGCUAAAACUGUGCGAUAUACUAUACUAUAUACCAAUGCCCUGUCCAUCACAGGUGAAAUGGUGCCAGAGACAAAGAAUGAGUUUCAAUCCUUCCACAAGGUCACCAAUGUUUAAACCAAAUUAUUAGUUUUCUCUAAACUAGGAAAUGGAUCAAACUAAGACAGGAGAGUUUUGCUAGGCUCAAAAACUCUUUAUAUAUAAGCUUCCUUGAGAUAAUGUAAUCAAAAUGCAUAACGGUAAUGAAAAACAACCACAACGACCACAUUACAGGGCAUUUAUCUGCUCAUGUGUCAUAAAUUAAAAAAUGUCUGGAGAUUAAGCAGUGACCAGAGAUUUGCUCUCUUGCUUCCAGCAGAUCUCCUUGUGGUCAAUAUGAAUAUCAAUAUGAAAGUGCUGGGAAUUAUUAUAUAAAUGAUUGACAGGAUGUCCAUCUGGUGCCUUCAUUUACUGGGAAUUACAGCUGCUUCCCCUGACUAUGUCAUUGUUAUUCCACUUAUUAUGUAUUUCCCCUGUAAUUAGUUGGUUCCAUUUAUAAAACAGAGACAGAAACAAGAUGAAGAACAUUAUAGAAACUAACACAUUUCACUGCUACAAAUAUUUACUAAUAGACAAUGAUGAGAAGAGAAAAAUUAAUAUGCCAAAAUGCACAUGAGAUGUAUUAAGUAUAAAAACUGAUCUGUGUCUGCACUUGGUCCUAAAUUAAAGUGUUUUGUAACGCACAGUGCAAUCCUUGUUCAAUAGUCACAAGGAAGAAUUAUAUUAUUAUAAAUGCAAAUGUACAGAAUAGAUGAAGAACAUUUUCAGGAACACUAGAUGACAUGGAAGUUAAAACUGGGUACUUGUACCUUAAAAUUUAAUCUUAUGUAGGUAAAAAAAAAAAUCAAUGUACAAUACUAUGGUUUAACUUCUAAUCAAAUAAAUAGAAGAUCGCUGUAGCCACAUAUGUGCAAAGUUUGUGUGAUAUAUUUACUACUCUCUUAUUUGGAAAUUUCAGGGACCUGCUGGUGUUGUUGGGUUAGAAGGAUAUGGUGGAGUAAUAGGUUUAAAGGUAUGUAGAUCUUACUGCAGACCAUUGGUGUUGUAAAGUUUUAAAUAAUAAUAAUACUGCAUUUUUUACAUGUAUGCCUGCAUGUAAAAAGAUUAUAUAUUUGUAGUAUGUAUUUAUGAGUAUACAUGUAAAAACUUAAAGUAUACAUUUCACAGGGAGACAAAGGAGAUCAAGGUCCACGUGGUCCACCAGGAAUUGAAGGCAUGCUGGUAUGUUCCAGUAUUUUUAGACAUAUAUUCUGUUCAUUUAUUAAGGCCUGUCAUUUAUUAUGUGAAUGGACAUAUCAUUUAAAUGUACAUUUAUUUUAUUCCAGACUGAGGGGUGAUUUGUUGGCAUUUAAAAGGAGUUUGAGAAAAACGGCACCCUUACACUCAUUGAUCCAUAACCUGCAGGGAUUAUGGUGUCUAACUGGAGGGUUCCUUAAACAUUUUUUUAUUUACUGCCUUCGCUAUCCUUUUAUAAAUCUUUACACUACUUUUCUGUAUCACUUUAGAUGAAAUUUAAAAGCCUUCUAAUAAAAACCGGACUCCAAGUAGACGUCCGAACUAAUCAGUAAUUAAGAAUCAUGUUGUCCACUCUACCAGAGACGAUAAUCUGUCCUUUCUUCACACCCAGACCCACAUUUCUUCUUUUCAGUAGGGUUGCACACAUUUUAUGGAAUGAUCUCUCAUGUCCAAUCUGAGCCUCCUUAAUUUCCAACCCUGUAAUUAAAACCUAAAAACCCCUUUUUACUGAAGUUUGUCACAUCGUAUUUUAUUUUAUUUUCCUAUUGCAAUCAACCCCUAUCUCUCCUUGAACAAUUUGUCUGUCUAUUAUCUGCUCUAAUCUUUGUUCACAUUCUUACUCCAUUGCUGCCAUAUGUCAUGCACUAGUGUAAAUACUGUGGCAUCUAACCUCUUAGUCAAGAGCUAAAUCUAGAUCUCUGUGCUAAUUUAGUGGCUUCCCUUGCUUAGAAUUAGGACAUCAUUAUUCAUGUGGUCCCAUUCAGUUUAAAAAAUUUUUUUGAUCCAGGUGUUGUGAUCUGAAAAGUGCGUUAAAGUUCUAAAAGUGUGGCAAUCACCAAUGAAACCAGAGGGAAUCAGCGAGCACAUUCUUAUAAUGAUUACUGUACUUUUAGAUCUUUUUAUCAGUACCAUUUUAUAUAUUCUCCCUUUUAUACUUUGCUCUGUUGUUCUAGGGAGCUAAAGGUGCAAAGGGUGAGUCAGGGAUCCCAGGGAGACCAGGACCACAGGGACUGAAAGGUCCAAAGGUGAGUGUAUGACAUCUAUAACAUAGAUUAUGUUAAUAGUAUAGAGGCCACAGCAAGGCACUGAUUUCUUAAAUGUUCAAUUGCAUGCUGAGCAUUUUAUUAUUGCCAUAUAUUUUAUGCUCUUCUAACAUAUUUCCUUCUGUAUGUACAGGGAUCACAAGGUGACACAGGAGACGAUGGUAUAACGGUAAAUAAAAUAGAUAAGACUGCAUUAACAAUGUUGUUCAGUACAUUGACAUCAAACUGCCUUUAUAUGUCUACAUAUAUUUAUCCCAGAAGAAAAAAAAUAAAUUAAAAUAAAUAAAUUAUAAUAAAAAAAAUAAAAUAAUAAUAAUAAUAUUAUAAUUAUAAUGUAUAUAUAAUAUAUGUAACACCUGUGAGUUGAAUGGAUUAGCUCGGCAAAGGAGAAGUGCUCACUAAAACAGAUUUAGACAGAUUUGUGAACAAUAUUUAAGAGAAAUAGGCCUUUUGUGUACAUAGAGAAAGUCUUAGAUCAUUGAGUUCAGCUCAUGAAAAAUGGGGGCAAAACAAAAUUGUUGCAUUUAGAAUUUGUGUGUGUGUGUGUGUGUGUGUGUCUCUCUCUCUCUCCCUCUCUUAUGGACAACAUGUUACUGUUUUAUUUUGCCUUUGCAGGUCUCUGAACAAUAAAGAUAUUACUAGUCUGCUCAGAGUAAAUGAAUGUAACAAAAUGGUUAUAAUUUUUCCUCAAUUUAAUUUGUUUUAAUAGCUGCACGCAAUACAAAUCCCCAUGUUUGCGUAAGCCUUCAGCUGAAUUUCACAAGUCUGAGGCUGUUGCAUUGAGUUUUCCAAGGAUAUUGGAUCUUACAUGAAACCAAAGUGUUGAAAACUCUAUCCCAACAUGUAAUCUAAUGUUUCCAGUAUCAUACAUUCAGCGGGUUCAGAUAUAUAUCAGGUGGUGCUCCUCUACCUACUCGAAAAAAAAUUUGUUUUGUUGCUUGCUCCGUAAUCGAGAGGAUGUUGAAGAGUCAGUAUGUACCUGUCUCACUCUCUUACUUCUACAAUAAAAUAAAAUGCAAUCACUGCAUAGCAAAAUGAAAAAAAUAACAAUGUCAAAAUAUAUCUAAAAAAACAGUUACCUUCACAAUUCACGGGCAAAUUAGUACAUGAGGUUUAGAUGAUCACAGCUAAAUGCUAAACAUUGAAUUAACAAUGUCAUGAUCUUGGCCAUUGGCUGGAGGAUUGCUGUAUACAAAGCAGACUUAUCAGUAAAGAAUGCAGCAUAAAUUAUAUGUAAAAAAAAAAAAAAAUUAUAAAUCCAGAAUGCAAUUUCUUGUCUUAAUUCCAGAAAUAGCACUGGACUGUUUUGGUGUACCUCUCCCAUUUUCAAGACAUUAGGCCCAAUUAACAUUAAGAGAAGAACUAUAUAAAUAUAUAAACAUAAACAGAAUGUAAGAUAAAUGUGUUUAAAACCUUUUAACCCUAUACACUCUGUAUCGAAAGCUGCCAUAAUCGUAACCCUACCACUAAUUGCAGACCCCCUAACCUCACCCUGUCCAUCGAAAUGUUAGUGGUUCUGAAAUGAUUUAAUUAUGAAUUCUAUGACAUCAACAUUUAAAGCUCACAGUUAUGAUUGUGACAUUUUAAAUGUAAACACACAUAUAGCACAUCCUUAACAGAACACUCACUGUCCAAUAAAAAAUAAUAAUAAUACAAAUCAUUGUUUAGUAGAUAUACCCAUAAUAAAAAAAUAUUAUACAUUUACCCAAAUAUUUUUGUUGGGAGUCUAUCUAAAAACUGCUAGGAAAAGCGACAGAAGCCUUUGCACUCUCAGCUCUUUUCUGUGGAUGUCCUCUCUCACUGAGCUGCAUCUGGAAGUCUAUGAAGUAUUUGCGAGGCAGGUGCUCUGAGCAAUGGCCAGCCUCUUGAAUUUAGCUCAACUGAGCUAAACACACCAGGAAGUAACAGGACUGGUUGUAUGAUUUACAGCCAGGGAGUGUAACUAGGUAAAAUUUUAAAAGUGGUGAUUUCUAUUGAAAUCUGUAUUUUCUUAAAAUGAAAACAAGGGAACAAGAGGACACUCUUCAUGCAUAAAGCACUUGAGCAUGCUGAAUUGCUUUAGGGUUUUGGAGUGUCCCUUUGAUGGCAAAAUUACAUACAUUAUUUCUUUAAAACUUGUACAUAAACAUUUGAAGAAGAGCUUUAGUUACAUUUGUGUUUGGUAACAGGAUGAUGAUUGCAAGAAUAAUGCUAAAGAAUUACAAAGAGUAAGGAGAAAACAAACAUGUUUUUUUUUUAAUAUGAAAUAGAAACAUCUCAUCACCGGUUAGGGUUAGAUUGGCUACCUGUUUUCUGUAUUAUUUCCACUAAUGACUAUGUAUAAUAUUAGUUUUGUAUCUUAUUUUACCAUAAAAUAAUAUUUUCAAUGGCAUGAAAUUGUAAUGAUCAGUUUAAACACUUUUCUUGUAGGGAGACAAAGGAAGACAGGGAGUCAAAGGAAAAACUGGAGCUAAGGUAUUUAUCACUUUUUCAGUGCAACAUAUCUAUGUUCUCUUACUUAUGUUGACCAUUUUCUUUUAUAUAAAGAUUUGUAGUUAGUUUCGCUAUACUGGUAGCUAUUCGGCAUAAAGUGGCACUGCAUUUUUUGUAAAUAUGCAAAGACCCCCCCUACUAAAAUGGUGUCACGCAGAGGAGAGAGCACCGACCUCUGGUGUUCUCUCUCCUCUGUCAUUCCACCUCUGUCUUCAUCUAAUGGUGGUUUCCUCUGUCAAGAACUUUAUCACUUUAUUAUUAAAAAAACAGGGUUGAUGAAGACUCCCAUUAGCCCAGAUCCUUCAUGGAUCUUCCAACACAUGUACAAUGAGAUGCCAUAGACUUAGCGAAAGAAUGUGUCUUUGCCAGUAAUGACUGAUGGGAAACAGCAAAAUGUAGCAGUUGAAAAGCCCUUCUUUUUGCCAAGAAUUGGGUUUUACUUAGGAUUAUGUAUUCCAAACUUUAUGUUUAUGUUUUGAUUAUCAAAAUUACUGUGAAAUUCCAACACAGUUUGUGUGAGUUUUAUAUAAUGCCUCUUUAAAUCACAAAUUACACAUUUUGCUUGGUUGUUGGCAUCAAAUGUUCCAAGACACUUUUAUUUUAUUAAAAUCACUAACUUAUUUAGAGUAUGAAAACUCAUAUGCAAUUGUAUAUUGACAACAGCCUUACUGACACCUACCUGAAUACAGAAUUUAAAAAGUUAUGGAAAUUUAGCUAUAAUCACAGCCUGGCCAUUUAACCUUCAUGUUGCAAUGUGGCUUUCUUGGAAUAUUGUGAAUAACUCUGACAGGCUUAUUUACUUGGUUUUUUUUUUUACACCAAACAGUGAACAGUAGUGUAUUGGGAACAUGAGGAUAACAUUUGAAUUCACUUUGAAUUCAAAAUGAAUUCAAAUUGAAUAUCAAAUUUAAGAGCACAACAGCCAAAACUAAAUCAUAGAUGGCUUAGAGAAUAUAUACAGGUUGGUUAUUUUAACUUUUAAAUUUGGAUUUCACUUUAAAUUCUCACUGAAAGGAAAACUAUAGUGUCAGUAAUACAAAAUCUGUUAUCCUGUGGAGAGCCCCUCAAAACCAUGUUUCUCCCCUUUUGGAUCCCUACAGUUACAGACCCAGUGGGAGUUUGGUUUGGACUUUUUUUAGUGGCCAGAUCAGUAGACUUUGGCAAGGUUAUUCACUGAAGUGAGAAUUUCAUAUUUUAGUUUAGUUUUUCCAAUUCAGGUAUUUUGGUCUUAAAUUUGAACUUCACGCCGAAUGCUCACUUUAGUAUGUAACCAUGUACAGUCGGGUCCAUAAAUAUUGGGACAUCGACACAAUUCUCAUCUUUUUGGCUCUAUACACCACCACAAUGGAUUUGAAAUGAAAUGAACAAGAUGUACUUUAACUGCAGACUUUCAGCUUUAAUUUGAGGGUAUUUACAUUCAAAUCAGGUGAACGGUGUAGGAAUUACAACAGUUUGUAUAUGUGCCUCCCACAUUUCAAGGGACCAAAAGUAAUGGGACAAUGUGUGUGUUAUUCCCUCAUUAUCCCAUUUACAAGGAGCAGAUAAAAGGUCCAGAGUUCAUUUCAAGUGUGCUAUUUGCAUUUGGAAUCUGUUGCUGUCAACUCUCAAUAUGAGAUCCAAAGAGCUGUCACUAUCAGUGAAGCAAGCCAUCAUUAGGCUGAAAAAACAAAACAAACCCAUCAGAGAGAUAGCAAAAACAUUAGGUGUGGCCAAAUCAACUGUUUGGAAUAUCCUUAAAAAGAAAGAACGCACCGGUGAGCUCAGCAACACCAAAAGACCCGGAAGACCACGGAAAACAACUGUGGUGGAUGACCGAAGAAUUCUUUCCCUGGUGAAGAAAACACCCUUCACAACAGUUGGCCAGAUCAAGAACACUCUCCAGGAGGUAGGUGUAUGUGUGUCAAAGUCAACAAUAAAGAGAAGACUUCACCAGAGUGAAUACAGAGGGUUCACCACAAGAUGUAAACCAUUGGUGAGCCUCAAAAACAGGAAGGCCAGAUUAGAGUUUGCCAAACAACUUCUAAAAAAGCCUUCACAGUUCUGGAACAACAUCCUAUGGACAGAUGAGACCAAGAUCAACUUGUACCAGAGUGAUGGGAAGAGAAGAGUAUGGAGAAGGAAAGGAACUGCUCAUGAUCCAAAGCAUACCACCUCAUCAGUGAAGCAUGGUGGUGGUAGUGUCAUGGCGUGGGCAUGUACAUCUUGUUCAUUUCAUUUCAAAUCCAUUGUGGUGGUGUAUAGAGCCAAAAAGAUAAGAAUUGUGUCGAUGUCCCAAUAUUUAUAGACCCGACUGUACAUGGUUACAUACUAAAGUGAGCAUUCGGCGUGAAGUUCAAAUUUAAGACCAAAAUAGCUGAAUUAGAAAAACUAAACUAAAAUAUGAAAUUCUCACUUCAGUGAAUAACCCUGCCAAAGUCUACUGAUCUGGCCACUAAAAAAAGUCCAAACCAAACUCCCACUGGGUCUGUAACUGUAGCGAUCCAAAAGGGGAGAAACAUGGUUUUGAGGUGCUCUCCACAGGAUAACUGAUUUUGUAUUACUGACACUAUAGUUUUCCUUUAAGUGAGAAUUUAAAGUGAAAUCCAAAUUUAAAAGUUAAAAUAACCAACCUGUAUAUAUUCUCUAAGCCAUCUAUGCUUUCGUUUUGGCUGCUGUGCUCUUAAAUUUGAUAUUCAAUUUGAAUUCAUUUUGAAUUCAAAGUGAAUUCAAAUGUUAUCGUCAUGUUCCUAAUACACUACUGUUCACUGUUGGUGUAAAAAAAACAAACAAGUAAAUAAGCCUGUCAGAGUUAUUCACAAUAUUCCAAGAAAGCCACAUUGCAACAUGAAGGUUAAAUGGCCAGGCUGUCAUUAUAGCUAAGUUUCCAUAACUUUUUAAAUUCUGUAUUCAGGUAGGUGUCAGUAAGGCUGUUGUCAAUAUAGAGUUUUCAUACUCUAAAUAAGUUAAUGGAACUGGUUCUCUAGUAUUUAUUGAUGAUGUGACUGCUGACAAAAGCAGCAGGAUGAAUUCUGAAGUGUUUCGGGCAAUAUUAUUCAGCCAAAUGCUUCAGAACUCAUUGGACGGCGCUUCACAGUGCAGAUGGAUAAUGCAUACUGCAAAAGCAACCAAAGAGUUUUUUAGGAAAGAAGUGGAAUGUUAUGCAAUGGCCAAGUCAAUCACCUGACCUGAAUCCGAUUGAGCAUGCAUUUCACUUGAUGAAGACAAAACUGAAAGGAAAAUGCCCCAAGAACAAGCAGGAACUGAAGACAGUUGCAGUAGAGGCCUAGCAGAGCAUCACCAGGGAUGAAACCCAGCGUCUAGUGAUGUCUAUGCGUUCCAGACUUCAGGCUUUAACUGACUGCAAAGGGUUUGCAACCAUGUAUUAAAAAGUGAAAGUUUGAUUUAUGACUGUUAAUCUGUCCCAUUACGUUUGGUCCCUUAAAAGGUGGGAGGCACAUAUACAAACUGUUGUAGUUCCUACACUGUUCACCUGAUUUGGAUGUAAAUACCCUCAAAUUAAAGCUGAAAGUCUGCAGUUAAAGCACAUUUGUUUCAUUUCAACAAGAUUAGAAUUAUGUCGAUGUCCCAAUAUUUAUGGACCUGAAUGUAUGUGUUGGGUAGUAUGGCUGGGACUAGUACCUCCAGAUAGGAAGACCAUGUAAAGGUACAACCUUAUCAUCAAGUUAUACCUAAACUAGACAUUGUUUGAUAUUCUCUUUUAAGUGACCUGCAGCUAACCAUGUGCAAUUUGUGAAAUAAUUGAACAGAAAUAAACAUUCGUGACACAAUAUAUAUAUUUAAUAUGCCAAAAGACCUCGUGAAUUUAUUAAAGGUUACUACAAACACAUUACAUAAAUAACCAACAUAAACAUAACAUUCCUACUCAUAAAUUGCAAAGCCAAUCGCUAAACUUCACAGCCUUAACCAUAUAAAAUUUACCAUAUAGUCUAUUUUCCCUCAAAGUAGAACAAUGAUACCCUUGAAAAUACACAAUGGAAAUAACAUAUUGAAAUAACACAUAGUUUAUUCCAUUUUGCUAUGAAUAAAAAAUAGCAAUGCAUAAUCAAAUAUAUAAUAAAUAAAGGUAGGGUAGGUGGGCACAGCGAUUAAGCUCUAUACCGCAGUCACCUCUUCCAAGCUUUAUGGAAAAGGCAGGCAAGCUGCGCAACACAUCUUCUUAAAUACCCCAAUUUCAAGUAGUUUUAGCGGCCAGUGACGCACAGGGCCAUAAAUGGUGUAUUUGAAUGUACAUUGGCAGUAGUAUUUGUGUUCUAUGAUUAUUACAAGGGAUACUAUACAUAUACCACAUAACAAAGAUUUACAUAAAUAUGAAACUGGGAAUUUUUGAUAGUUUUGUUUUAGUUCCAGUUUACUAAUAAACUGCAAGUAACUUCAUAAUGGAACCUGGCCACAUCUAACACAUCUGAUGAUCUCUUUAAUUUGGCAAUCGCAUCCUCAGUCUAUAAUAAACUUGUCUCUGGCUCUCUCAUGCCAAUCUCUCACUGUUUCUUCAUUACUCACCCUCACACUCCUCACUUUGCAUCCUUCAAUUUGCUUUCAUAAAUCUCUCACAAAUAUACUAACCACAUCUGGAAAAUAUAUAUUGUAUGUUUAAUACCCAUUAUUAAUUCCAUGAUUUAACAGUAAAAUAAAUUAAAAAAAAAAAUCUGCUCCUGUGCUAGAAUUCCCAACAAAAAUGAGCUAAACCCAAUUAAUGUCUCAUAUAUGCAUAUUAUACACCUAAUACAAUUGCUUCAGAUUAUGAAAUAUUCUAUUCUUGAGAAUAAAAACCCUGGUUGUAUUUGGUUUGACAUGAACACCCCACAUACACAGACAUAGGUGUGCUAAAGCCACUCUCAGCUUAAUGUUAAUUUCUUCUACAUUUUCCCAGCCUACAUCCCUUAUUUUAUGUAUUUCCUAAACACCAAGAAAAUGUGCAGGAUUCAUUAUUUGUUAAUUAUAGGUAAUAAUGAGUUACACAUGUUUACCAAAAAUAAUAUUUUCUUGGCUUCACCACCUGUUUUCUUCAGACUCAUUGGGUAGGAAACUUCGUAGCAGAUGAUAAAAUGAAAUAUUCAGCAAUUCCACUCAAAAAUAUAUUAUAAAAAUGAUAUUAUUAUUGGUACAUAUGCAAUAAGAAAUACAUUGUUUCUGUUCUGUUACAAGAAAUUCUCCAGGCACUCAAGUUGUUAAAGCUGCAGGCAGCUUUAACAGAACAAGAGGAGCAGCAACGUUUCGACCUGCUGAGAGGUCUUUGUUAAGCUCAAGCUCAAGCUUGAUAGAGACCUCUUAGCAGGUCAAAACGUUGCUGCUCCUUUUGUUCUAUUUAAACUGCCUGCGGCUUUAACACUUUGAGUGCCUGGAGAAUUUCUUGUGCUGCUUUGUUGUUGUGGGAUUGCUGGUCCUGCUCCAGAGCAGCGGGUGGCUGUUGAGAUUGAGUACGGCUCCUAUUACCAUUUUUGCAAUAUAGUAUUUUACAUGUCAGCAAGCAUAACCAAGUCACAAUUAAUUAUUUUUGUUUGACUGAAAACAGGGUGAUGUCGGUAACACUGGAGACAAAGGAUCAGUAAGUGAAUUACAUUUAUUUAUCUCAAGAAAAAAUUGUCAAAUGUUGUAGUUCAAAUGUCUGUAAACCAUAAAAUUAAAACAUUUAUUUCAAGUAAUUUUAUUCUAUAACCACAUCUGUGAGAAGCAGCUUUACAAAAGUAGAAACCUCAAUCUGCUGGUUCUGUGGAUUGAGGCUGUGUAUAUAGUAGUCCAACAUAGGCACAAGCUAGACCUCUAUUAUUUAUAAAAAUAAUGGUGAGAUAUUUUUAAUGUAAAAAGUCCAAGUGAAGGUUGUAAUCAACUUCCAUAGCAUUGUACUGAUAUCAAUAGAAACAUGUCUGGAGGACACCAGAAAUACAACCAACAACAGGAGAUGAAAAUUCUAAAAGGAAGUAAUGAGUUAGAUGGAGGGAAGGAGGUUGGAAACAGAGGGGAACGCAGGUUGGUCAUGAGAGAUAUAGUAACUAUCAGAGCAAGAAUAAAACCUAAGAUGAGGUAAGAAGUGAGCACAAAUGAAACUGAGAAGGAGAAGAAGCAUAAGGAUCUGAGAUGGUGGAGGUGAUGUAAGGAAUGUCAAUAGACAGGACAUAGAAAACUUACAUUGAAGAAAUAUUGCAAAAUAUUGUAAUGAAUUUAAUAUUGUAUUGGGUAUGAUCACUUACUCCACUGAAGGUGGGUCCUAUGCUUUCAUCUGCUCUAGUUCACAGACCUAUGGGUUUUGUUAUAGACCAGUGAUUCCAAAACCAGUCCUCAUGACUCACCAACAAACCAGGGUUUAUGUAUUUCCCUGUUUUUUUUCCAAUGGAGAUACUGACAAAGCCUGAACUGUCGGUGGAUUUUGGGGACUGGUUUGGGAAACACUGGUAUAUACCAGUGUCAAGUUAACCUGGCCUACUGUUUACAUGACUGCUAGGAUCACCCAUGUCAUCAUCUACCUGUGAGGUAUUUGGGCUUAUUUCCUGAAGCUAUUUACACAUACUUAAUAGUAACAUUUUUUUUUUAGUAGAAAUAAAAUAAUUUAGGGCUUUAUCAAUAACCUGUAAAUUGUGCAGAGUCGAUGAGGAAAUUGUAAGAGGCCACAGGUAGUCACACUGGAAAAAUUCCCCUACUUUUGUUUUCCAUCUCGGUGUGAAACAUACAAUUCUCUUGUCACUUCUCCAGAAUUCCUAGUUUGUCGUAUAAACAUUUUUAAGUAAGUGUUAUCAUUUGGUAAAGGAAACCAGUGGGGAUGUAAUAGUGAGUAGUGUGUCAUACGAGCACACAUCCCUAAAAAAGCAAACUGAGAAUAUUUAUACUUACGAUUCUGGCACAUAAUAUAAAUUUAGAGGUAUAGGUAACGACAAAUAAAGAAACUAAUAGUGUAAUACGUAAAAUAUGGUGGAGUUAAAAGGAACACUCAAAAUGUUGUGUGUAUGUUUUUGUGGUCUUUGGUGUCGGGAGGUGGAGUUAGGGUUCAGUUUUUUUGAGACACAAAAAUAUGGUUAGGUUAUCUUGUGAAGGAGAGCGUAGAUGUCUGUAUGUUGCAAGAAACACAUUGAGCCAGGGUGAUAAGUUGAACUUGGGAGGCAAGAGAUACCUAACUAUUGUCUACACUUCAAUUAGUGUAAGGAAAAAGAGAGGUGCUGCUAUAGUAGUUUAAAACAAUGUUAAUUGGGAGAUUCUUUACCAAGAGUUAGAUCCAGAAGGGAGAUGUAUGAUUUUAGUAUGUAAUAUUAGCGAUGUGAAAUAUACUUUAGUUAAUAUAUACCUCCUUAAUGUUGCCCCAGUACCAAUAAAAUUAAAUAAAAUGCUAGAAAAGGUCGAGGUCAAAACAUAUUUAUAUAUUAUGGCUGGUGACUUUAAUUGUGUCCUCGACCCUGUGAUGGACAAGACACUCUUAAAGGGGAGUGUUGUAAAUAAUAAAGUAAUUAAUAUUCUAAAUCAUUACCUAACACUCUAAAUAACUUCAAUCUUUUUGACGUCUGGCGAGUUCUUAAUCCAGAGAUUAUACGCACCUGUCUAGAGUACAUUUUAUAUACUCUAGAAUGUAUAUGGUCUGGAGUAACCUGAAUCUGGUCGAAAAUUUGAAGAACAUAAAAAUCUUGACUAUACAUAGUUGGACCACAGCAUGAUCCUUUUUGAUAUAAAAGAUAGUUUUCCAAUAAAAAAAUAGAACUAUGUGGAAAUUAAAUAACUUCCUGUUGCAUAAUAAAAACAACAAGAUAAAUGAGAAAGGUUAGUUAAAUGCUAUUUCAAAGAGAAUGACCCUUCCGACACAUCAUUUUUUACUACGUGGUGUGCAGUUCUGAGAGGAUAUUUUAUUAAAUUGAUGGUGCCUGCUAAUGUCUAGCCUGAACAAACCGAUGUACGCUGUCGCAGCGCACUAAGCCCCUCGCAGUUAUAUCUUAUGCCAGAACACGUAAUGGGUUGCCCUAUAAUGGUUGCUCACCCACUCAUGGUCGUAUGUGGCUCUGCUUACAUAUAGUGCAGCCCCACCUUAAGCCUUAAUCUAACCUGAGUUAAACCACUGCUACACGUUUAAGACUUGUUCUUAUGCAAAAUCUGAAAUUGUUCAUGCCAAUAUCUAGUCUGCACGUUAUUGAACUGUCUGAAAUCUUCUGUUUAGAAAUAUGACUCUUGCCUUGACAUACUCUCUUCAUAUUUAGCAUGAUAAUAUAACAUACAAUUGUGCUGUUUAAUCGCAUGCCAUGUCAAUCUACUGUUCAUGAUAAGCCUGCGAUUGCUGUUGUGGUGCUGCAAGAUCAAAUGUUGUUUGUUUUCACAUGCACAAGAAAAAUAAAGAAUAAAAAAAAUAAACACCGACGUCAGAUUGGUUGCAUCCAUCUUAGCUAAACGUCUUAAAGACUUAAUCGGGAAAUUAUUUCAUAUGGACCAAAUUGGAUUUAUACCCAGUAGAUGGUCAUGUUUUAAUACAAGAAGAGUAAUAAGCAUCCUUGAUAGCUCUAAAAGGAAAAAUACACCGCUCCUAGCUAUAGCAGUUGAUGCCGAGAAAUUUCAUUUCAUUAGUUAAACUGGAAAUUUCUUGAAUGUGUAUUAUUGUCCUAUAAUAGCAAUGGUUGGCUGUUAAAUGCAAUUAAGGCAUUGUAGAAACAAAACCUACAGCCAGAACGGCUGGGCCAAAUGUUUGCUCUGAUUGGUUUACAAUAAAUAAUGGUGACAGACAGGGUUGCCCACUGUCACCAUUGUUAUACAUACUCUCAGUUAAAUUGUUAGCUUCAAACAUUUGAAGUAACUAUAAAAUCCGUGGGUUUAAGAUAGUGAAUUAAAAAUCUGCUUGUAUGCAGAUGACAUUCUGUUUGCAAUAAGUGAUCUUUUAAUUUUAUGAUUUGAGAAUUUAAUGACUACAGCCUGGUAGCUAAUUAUAAACUGAUGAUGACACACAAGAUGAGAUCAGCAAGAAACAUAAAUUCAUAUGGGCCAGAAAAAAGUUUAACUAUUUGGGAAUUUGGAUCACCAAAAACCUAGAUAGAUUGAUGUAGGUUAACUUAAUUAACCUUCUGAAAAUAGAAAACCAAUUAUUCAUAUUGGAGACACCUACAGAUAACCUGGUGUGGCAGAAUUCACAUUGUGAAUUCAUAUCUUAUACCAAAAUGGAACUAUCUUUUUUAAAUUGUACUAUUGUAAGUCCAAGAUAGCUGGUUAACUCUCAUAAAGAACAACACUGAAACCUUCAUUGGUAGAGCAAAAAAACAUAGGAUAAACAGGGUAGCCUUAUGUCUUAAACCUAAAUACAGUGGUCUAAAUUUCCCAAUGUGAGAUUUUACUACCUGACCAAUAUAAUAGCCUAUGUCUACAGAACUCAGUUACAAACAAGCUCCGCUGAGGGUUGGUACAAAAUUAAAACAGAGGCAUAGGGCUUAAAAGACUCCACUUGUCUUAUCUGGAAAAAAAAAUAUUAAAACAAUGGGAGUUCCUAUUGUCAAUAAUAAAAUACUGGACCAAGCUCUUUCAGUUUGGGAAGAAAUUAAAAGGAGACUAGGGAUACAAUAUGCUGUUUUAGACAACAUAAACGACUAAUCAUUAACUAGAUGGGGUAAUCUAUAAUUUGGCCCAACAAUUUGUAUAUGCCCACCCAGGAUCCUUUGCGGUUGUAACAUCACUGCAAAUUUGUGAUUUCUGUGGCAAAAGCAAGUCUUAUGGCUUGACUGGUAUGCAGAUUUUUGUUUAACAUCGUAUUAACUAUCCAAAGACUCCAGGUGGAAGGGGUUUUCAAUCACAUUUUUUCCCCACCAUAACCUUUUUGUUUUUUGCUUCCCAAGCACUACCAAGCCUCAAUAGCAAACCAGUAACCAACCUCAUGCUGAUGAUUUGCAUUAACAACGAAACAGCUGUCCAUGAGUGGUUCACUGGCUUUUCAUCUUUUCCUAAGUUGUGUUUUAAAGCUGUUGCAUACAGCAAACACAGACUCAAAGGAAUCCAUGUUUAAAAUGGAAUGAGGCAAAAAAUGUGAUUCUUUGUUGAACUAAUUUGCAUACGCCCACCCAGAAUCCUUUGCUGUAGUAACAUCACUGCAAAUGUGUGAUUUCUGUGGGGAAAGCAAGUCUUAUGGCUUCACUGGUGUGCAUAUUUUUGUUUAACAUUGUAUUAUCUAUCCUUCUUAUAUGGUUACAUAUAAAACUCAAUAAAGAAUAAAAAAGGAAAAAAAAAUUAUACACUCACACUUUUUAGGAGCUUAAUUUCAGCUCCAACUUGAGCACAUGGGCGCAUUUAUCCCUGCCUACGGAUAUAGUGAAGUACAGGUUCUGCACGCAUUCCUCAUAGUGAUGGGUAUUCUCUUUUGUUUUAGAGUGUAGUAGAACUUAGUGCCGUAGGUUGCUGGAAAAAUAAAUAAAGUCACUGAGGGGAGGCAUUGAUUGCUGAACACUUAAAAAAGUAGAUAUCCCAAUCUCCACAACUUACUGAAGAAAUACCCAAGUGGAGAGCAAAAGAGGUUUUGCUCAAUUCGUAUGACGUAGGAGGUAUAAUCCCCACCAUGGAAUUUGCUUGUACAAUCUUUCUCAAAGUGUUGAAGGCAUGUAUAAGACCUCUGUAGCAAACUGUUUGAGAAGAACUUAUUGAUAACUAUUUUAUGCAGCUUUUUGUCCAUACACAGAUUUUUGCAUAUAUUGGUUUCAACUACAUACUUUAUACUUUUCAAAACUAGGUUAUUCCUUUCAUUUUCUGGUUUCAAUGCCAUUUAACUCACCUAAGAUGGCAUACUGUAUAUAAUAUAUCAAGGGGUAAAAUGGUGGGUUCAAUGAUGCAAUAUAUUUAAAUAUCUUUAUUUUGAACAUUACAAAGAUAAGAACAAGGGAAUUGCAGUUAGAUGACCAUGCCUGGCAUGACUAUAAGCAGGGAUACAUAAUGCUUUAGUCAACACCUAAAAUUGGCCUAUAUGGGCCAGAAGAGGUGAUUCACAUUAGGCACCAGGUCACUACCCACAAAAAAUUGUUCUGCAUUUUCCAGUGCAAAAAAAACCCCAUGCUGACACUGAAUAGCCUUAUGAAGACAUGUUUUGCAGAAUUCUAGUAUAUAUUUUACACAAAGUACACAAUUUACACAAUGCUGAUCCUGGUCAAACUGGUCAAUGAACCACUGCCUUAGACCAGUGUUAGAACAAACCAUAAUAGUUUACAAUAGUCUAUAUGGCAUUCCUUUUUAAAGCUUUAUUUGUUAUACUUUACUUUUGUAUCAAUAGUGGUUAUGAUGGCUAUGUUUGGACAAGUCCUCAAAAAGAGUAUUAUUAAAAUAUGUAAACUUCAUUAUAUCAAGGUAUUUUCAACUUUACCUUUUACAUACAGCGUGGAAAACGAGGCUCUCCAGGUAUAUUGGGCCCGAUUGGGAGAACAGGUGUCCCUGGAUCACCAGGACCAAGGGGUUAUCGCGGCCCAGUUGGAGAUAGAGGAGAAAGAGGUCCUCCUGGAUCUCCUGGACUUACUGGUCCUGUGGUAAGGAGACCUUAGAGGUCAUCUUUUUCUUAAUUUGUAACAGUCAAUGUUGUUUGUUAAUCUAUUUAUUUAUUUAUUUUUUACUACAAAAACAUCUUACAAAUGAAAUAUCUUUGUAUGAUACAAUGUGGCACAUCAUCAGUAAUACAAUAUUAAAAUGCAUUACUUACUAUAUUGCACAUUUUAUAUUUUACAUAUCAUGCUUUAACUUGUAAACCAUUGUCUGUAGGUUAUCAUUCAUUAAGAUAUACACAUACUUUACUUGUCUUUUUGUAUUCAUUUCAUAUAUUAUGCUACUGAAGAUAUUGCUAUAAUUAAUUUCCUUUCUAGCAACAAUUUUACAAAAUACAGAUAGGGGUAAUUUAUUUUACUUGUUAUCUGUGUGUUCUUAUCUGCAAUCUGUAACUUUAAUGUGUAGCUUUUUUCUGUAAUGAGUAGCUCUUUCAAUGUUAUGGUUUGUUGGUUAUCAUUUUAUUACAUUUUAGUGGAACCAUAGCAAUGUAGGUAAAGUAAUGGGUUUCUCCAAACACAUACAAACUGUUGUUUGGAUGAUGAAAGAUCUCAGAUGUGAAGCUUGUGGUGUAUUACCAAACUCUAUAAAUUAUUAUGUACGCAUACACAUAUAAACUCUGGUCCGUCUACUUUAACAAAUAUUUAUUCCGAGACAAAACAACAACAACAUACAAAUAAUGACACACAAUCUAACUAACUAUACCACCAACAACAGCAACAACAACCUAACUAACAAUAACAACUACAUCUUAUAAAAUCACCAGAUCCCACUCACAGUUCACCAUGAUAGAAAUUAGGCCAUGUCUGCUUAAGGGACUGCUCAGUAGCACAGCCAAGAAGGAACAGGGAGGAAUGGAGAUAGGGGGAAGUGGUUACCUCUUUCCUGACUUGUAAAGGUAUUGAAUUACUCAAUUACAAUAUCAAAAGGUAAAGCUUAUCCCACUGCAUGAGCUUGGUCACAUGAUCCCUGGUCACCAUAUUAGUUUGAUGACAGAAUGUUUAUAGCCCAAGAAACUCUUGAAAUAAUAAAAACAUUUUUUAAUCAAAGUUGUCAACUUGUGUUUUUCCCAUUCCACAGAUAUUGUAGUUUCAAUUUUCUAUAUUCCUGCAAUCUCACUUAGAAUGUAAUGGAUACCCAGGCAAUUAAACUAUAUAAUCCAUUUAUUGAGUGAUAUAUCAUAAGAAUCCUAAGGUCCAGAUUAGUAAAUGUUUUAGCGAUUUUUAAUGACCCACACACUGUAUACUGACAGAAAAUCUUCUGACAUCAGGACUUUCAAAGAAAGCUCUGUAGGCAGCUCCUUGAUGUUCAUCUACUGUACUGCACUCACUCACACUUCACGGUGGAAGCCAUCUUAUUAGAGAUACAAUCGAUUUAAUCAAUGCAUUGGAUGCAAUGUUAUUAGCACAAUGUAUGACUUUAUGAAAUUUGUAUGCCUAUAUUGAUGUAACUGAAUGUUAAUGUUUGUGUUAGAGAUGAAUCUUGCAAAGUUGUUUUUUUUCAGAGCUUCACCAAGUUGAAGUAAAAAUAAACAGACACUUUACAUUUGUUUUUAGAUAGACAGACUAAUAAAUUGUCAUUUGUAUUUUAUGGAAAAAUAUGCUUUAUAUCCUUCACCUAGGGUCCAGAUUUGUCAGAUCAAAUAGUGUAUGAGCUGUGUCGUAAGGUGGUUAUACAGAGUGUGUCCCAAUAUGCCGCCAGCAUUAGAGGGAAGUGUGCUACGGCAUGUCCGACAGCCAACGUGUCAUUAAUAGGACCGCCUGGACCUACAGGAGUACCAGGAAAAGCAGGAAAGAAGGUAAGUGUUUGGCAUACAUAAAAUAAUACAGUUAUUUUGUGCUAGCGGUGUUUUCUAUAUUAUUUGACAUUUCCAUUAGCAAGUCUAGAAUUACAUUCUAAGCUCUGCAUGACUUGAAAAUUAUCGGCAUCCUAAAAAUCCACAUUUGAAGGGAUUCUAUAGGUAUCAAAACAACUUUGGAUUUUUUAAGUAGUUUUGGUGUAUAGCUUAUGCUGCUGCAGUCUCACUGCUCAAUUCUCUGCAAUUUAGGAGUUAAAUCACUUAUGUUUAUGCAGCCCUAGCCACACCUGUCCCAGCUGUGACUCAUGCAGCCUGCAUUAAAAAAAUAAAAAAAUAAAAAUUCAAUCAGAUUUUAAAGGAACACUAUAGUCACCUAAAUUACUUUAGCUAAAUAAAGCAGUUUUAGUGUAUAGAUCAUUGCCUUGCAAUUUCACUGCUCAAUUCACUGUCAUUUAGGAGUUAAAUAACUUUGUUUCUGUUUAUGCAACCCUAGCCACACCUCCCCUAGCUAUGACUGACAGAGCCUGCAUGAAAAAAAAAACUGGUUUCACUUUCAAACAGAUGUAAUUUACCUUAAAUAAUUGUAUCUCAAUCUCUAAAUUGAACUUUAAUCACAUACAGGAGGCUCUUGCAGGGUCUAGCAAGCUAUUAACAUAGCAGGGGAUAAGAAAAUCUUAAUUAAACAGAACUUGCAAUAAAGAAAGCCUAAAUAGGGCUCUCUUUACAGGAAGUGUUUAUGGAAGGCUGUGCAAGUCACAUGCAGGGAGGUGUGACUAGGGUUCAUAAACAAAGGGAUUUAACUCCGAAAUGGCAGAGGAUUGAGCAGUGAGGCUGCAGGGCAUUUUCUAUACACCAAAACGGCCUCAUUAAGCUAAAGUUGUUCAGGUGACUAUAGUGUCCCUUUAAGUUACUUUAGUUUUUAUCUUCUGCUCUGUAAAUUGAACUGUAAACACAUAUAGGAGUUUCCUGCAGGGUCUAGCAAGCUAUUAACAGAGCAGGAGAUAAGAAAUUCUAAAUUAAACUGCAUGUGCAAUAAAGGAAGUUUAAACACUAGAUCUCUCUUUAAAGGAAGUGUUUAGGAAGGCUGUGCAAGUCACAUGAAGGGAGGUGUAAACAAAGUGAUUUAACUCCUAAAUGGCAGAGAAUUGAGCAAUGAGACUGCAGGGGCAUGGUCUAUACACCAAAUGUAAUUAAUUAAGCUAAAGUUGUUUUGGUGCCUAUAGUGUUCCUUUAAUAUAUAAAAUACAUAUUAGAUGGGGCAUGGAUUUGAAGCACAUAAGGAAAAAUUGGUCUAGAAACACAGUGAAUAUGAAAAUUGCUAUGGUUGGAGCUAAAAGCAAGCCUUGCCCAUUUGCCACUAGAGUAGUAUGUCCCUCAUUGUCUGCGAAUGCUAUGGACAGAAUAUGUUAGAAUGGUUAUCUUGCUAUAUACACAAUAAUAAUAGUGUGCUUUGUUUUUAAAUGAAGAGGUUAGCAGUGGAAUAACAUGUAGCAUUUUGAAAUAUCUCGAGUUGACUUUAGGCUUUUUAAUAAAUCCCCAAAGCACAUUCAUUUAAAGCGAAGUAUAAUAACACAAAUAGUGUUCCAGAGAAAACACAUUUAGCAAACUAAACACCAUUUGUUAUGAUUGAUACUAUCUUUAUUUCCUGAGUAUUUAUAAGUAUAUCAAUGCAACAAGGCAUUGUAUGUAAAAUUCUUUAUAGAGAUUAUCUUGUCAGUGUUUUUACAGGGCUCUUCCACCAAUUUUCCUCACACCAUGAUAAUCUUUCUGAUAUCACAUGCAUUUUGUAUUCAAGGUGUUUAAAAGAAAUUCACAAUCAGUUUUUAACUUUCAUACAUUUGUUCAUACUCCCUAGUACAAACAUUAACGGCUGUUAUUCUGGCCCAUUUCAGGUAAAAUAGUUCCUAUAUUUAUUGCCUGAUUUUAAUAUUCAAUCAUUUUUAACAGGGAAAACCAGGUGCAGCUGGGUCCAAUGGCAUCCGAGGCCCAAGAGGUCCUCUUGGUGUUUCUGGAGCCAAAGGAGCUGAUGGAGACAAAGGUAAGUCUGCAACUGCAAGAUCAGCUUCUUUUUUUUGUGCAUCUUCUAGUUCAUCAUAAAUUUUAAUCGUAUGUGUCUGCAGGUAACAGAGGAGAGAAAGGAAAUAUAGGAGACCCAGGAACUGGACUUCCAGGACCAGAUGGAGUUCAAGGACCUACAGGUUAGUACCAAUAUACUGUGUUGUCCUUUAGAACAGAUUAAUCCCAAUUCAACAGACAUUCAUGUUUAUGUGAUACAUCAUUCUGAGUUUUGGGGAGUUAAUAAUGCCAGCUUAUGGUAAAAGUGAAUCUCUCAUGACAUGUUCACUUUAACAUAAAUAAUCCCAAUAUGCAUUGAAUACAUAAUAUACUACAGAGAUACAUGCUGUAUUCAAAUAUAAUGCUUAGAGAUAUUCGAUAACUAUACCUCUAACCCAACACUGCCAUGUCCUCCUGUUUGUGAGCGUCACUCCUCUGUAAACACCCACCCUGCUCCGCUAUUCUCUUCUUUGAAGUGUCCCCAAGCAGAGCAAACCUCCUUUGUGAUGUCAACAAGCUGGUUUCAUUGCCAACAUAGUGAUUUUCUAAACUGAUUAACGUAAGCCACACCAUUCCCGUACUUUUUAGCAAGCAGCUAGGGAGCUACUGUAGCAACCACAGUGCAUGUAUCUCAUCAUCAUCUUUAUUUUAAAUGCACAAACCAUGUCCGUCAUGAAAGGGGACAUUAGAGCAUUUUACUUGUAGAUUUUAAAACAAAAAUCAUAAGCCAUGUAUUGAUUGGAUAAGGGAAAGGCACAUUGAUUUUGGCUUAUAAGAUAGCAAGUUGAAAAGAUGUCAAAAGUCCAAAGCAUGUGAGUGAGUUUCAUAGCAGUCCCCCUAGCUCCUUGUUGGGGGUUCUCAUUUUAAUCCAGUAUAUUACAUGCUACAUAAGAAUUGGCUUUUUGUUCUUAGGCUGCAUUCACUGGUACUCAGUCUGCUGAAGCUGAGGCCUGAUGUGACGUGUACGAGAAAUGCACCUUGGAUACUCUUAGUCCAGAACACAGAGAUCUUUCUAAUGUUACCAAGUCAGUCACCUUUACAUUCCACCUUGAAGAGUGAUGUAUAUUGCAGACAAAUGCUUGCCAUAUUCAAUUAAGUUUAUUUAUUUGGUCAUUUUUUUUUUACAUAUGUCUCAACAUGUGCUUAGUGUUUAAUGGUGAGCAGUGAAUUGAGUCUUGUGAAAAGUUUUAUUUUCGCACAGUGUCUAGGUUAGGUGAAAAACAAGAAAUGGAAAAUGUGACCAUGGAAACUUCAUCACUUUAACCCAGCACUGAUUUCUGUCAUUUUGACAUAUCCUGUUAUAUUGCAUACUUUAAGAAAACAUAUACUCUACAUCUCAAGGUGGAUUUUUUUAUUUCCUUUUUCAAUUGACUAACUUUACAGAUUUAACCAUUUACUUUACCUUACUUUAGGAUAUCCAGGGUACCCAGGGGUUGCCAAGGAUGGAGCAAAUGGACCUCAGGGGCCUCCGGGUUACAGUGGUCCACCAGGUCAACAGGGGCUGCCAGGUCAAGCAGGGGUUCCAGGAUUCUGUGAAGCCAGAGACUGUGGCAUCAAUGCUCCCUCGAUGUUGAGUGAACAGGGUCUUUUUUCCAAGAAACUGUUCUGAGAAAUUGCAACACAUACCUCAAAGAGAAGAUGAUAAUACAGAGUGUUUGUGGACUUUGAUAGACUAACACCUGAGGAUGAAAUCUGUAGACAUUCAGGUGCAAGAUGAGAUACACAUGUUCUGUUCUGAGGAACAAGCCUACAUUUCUGCAGUCUUGCACACAGUUAAAGGGAAAUUAUCAACCAAUAAAACCCAGAACUGUUUGUAACUCAUUCCUAUUGAAGGUAAUUUUAUGCAUAAAUCUUGUCAGCUGCCUGCCACAAAUUAGAGCGGAUGGCUAUUUUCGUGCCCAAAAUAAAAUAAACCAGCUUGUUAUGAGAUACAUAGGACUCCAUUGGAGGCUUCUGGCAAAAUUGAAUUGCAAUUGUAGUCAGCAGUGUCAUUUCUUAAAUGGCAAGACAAGCUCAAGUAGGGACUGCCUUUCUUUUUACUCCAUCACGCUAUCAAUAGCACAAAAUAAAGAUUGUUAGCACCAAUACUGGUCAUUUUAUCGAACAGAUCAUUUAGCCUAUAUACAGAACUCUUUGACCAGUUCCACUAAUAUGAAAACUAGACAGCAGGUAUAGAAAAAUACUCAAACACUUGUUAUUUAAUUAAAAAUGUAAAAAAAUAGCUUGAUGUUAAUUAAUAAUGUUGUAUUUUGACCUAAAAGAAUAAUAAAAAAUGGAUCUUGAUAACCGAAUGUACAGGAAUGCUGGGUACUAUAAUGAGUUGAGAUAUGUGAGCAAGCUGUGCAUGCAUGCUCUUAUCGAGGCCUAGAGCAAACGUUGAUCUUAGGGAAGAUAUAGAUCAGGGUGUCACAUGGUGCACUUACAAAGCCACAAGAAGAAACAUUGCCACUUCUGAUGUAUUUGUCUUUGUUCUUUGUGAAUGAAAAACUGUCAGGGCUAUUUUAUAAUGUGGGAAUUGAUAUAAAUUCAAUGUGAAUUCGAAGUGAAUUAAAAUUUGAAGGCAAAUAUAGUCAAACUGUAAAAAGCUCCUAGUCAGCUUGCUAUGCUUCUACUUCAGGAACUUUGACCUUAAAUCUGAAAUCCACUUUUUUCACUUUAGUAAAUAAUACUGUGUGACUUUUUUUUGUGUAUUUUGUGUUGUGAAACAUCUACAAGCAAAAGCAUGGUUUUGAGUUUGUGCAAAACAUUAUCAUGGGGUUUAGAUGAACUGAGUUUAUGGUCUGAAAUUGGGUGGUAAAUUUUACUUACAAGCUAGUGGCUGGUUAAGUGGUUUGCUAGAUCUUGUCAAACCAUAGAACAUUGUUACUCUAGAGAUCUGCUGGUAGACAUUUAUUUUUAUAGCAGUAAAAGGAAGUGCUCAUUGUAAUCAUUGUUUGAUAAUAGGUAGUAGAUGCAAAGUCUGAGUAUUAUACUUCACAACUCUUAGUUAAGUCCCUCACAAACUUUGCCAGACACAAAUUGUACAAAACAAAGAAAAAUCAUCUGUCUCAGGACAACAGUGUGCUCUAUGAUUCAGAGAUUUCAUAACAAAGCUUGCAGGUACUGUAUAUACAUGUGCUGUAGUUUACAGAUGUUACAUUAGUGGGGUACUGCAACUCAACUACAACGACUCUUAUUAUAUGGUAAUAUGUCUGCAUUUAUAUGCCAAUAGUGGCAGAAAUUGCUGGUGUCCAAUAUUGUCACAACCUAUUGCACUAUAUUGCAAAAUAUAUAUGGAUGGGAUGCUGUACAAAAAUAAUAGCUCAAAGUUGUUACUGUAUAACAGUUGCACACACAUUGAAAAUUUAUAUUAAAGAAGGAUUUCCCUAUUCAUGAAAUGUGCUGUUAUGUAUGCACAUAAAAACUAUAAAUUAUAGACCUUGAUUUUUUUUGGGCCUGGUGACAUUGUAGUUAUUUCUCUCCAUUCGCAUUGGUAUGCCUUAUAAAGCAUUUGCUCCUUUUAAUCACAUUUACUAUUUUUUUACAUACCGAGUAGGUAGACCAAAAUGUCUGUAGACUCCACGUUAUUGCAGUUGGAAGUUUGUGUUGGCAUGUUAACCUUGGUUAUGACCAUUCAUUAAACCAUUUCCUGUCAUACCAUAUAAUCUCUAUUUUUUUUUAAAUAUACUUUUCUACUUUAUAGGAAAGGUUAAAUUAACCGAAAGGUACACAUUUUAUCAACCGUAGAAGACUAACAUUAAG